GAUUUUACUCGGACGCCAUGUUUGUGGCCUAUGGCAUUUGUGGAACCAGGAAAGUCAUUGAAACGAUCAGUACGGACAAAUCUUAACCAUUUAAUGGCUUUUUAUAAAAGGAAUGAUUUGAGAUUACUAUAAAGGACACACAGGACUGGCAAAUUUCAAUAGGUUAAUUUAUAUUUAUCUCUUUAUUAAAAAUCUCCCACUCUCUUAGUGUUCAUAAUGAAAUGGGGGAAGUGUCUUCUGCUUCUUGAGUCCACAAUUUAGUAAUAAUUUACUAACUUUUUUAGCCUUGAUCUGUUACUAAACUUAUAGUCGUGAGUCAUUGAAUCGAAUUAUGACAAUGGGGUGAUUUGCAUGCCAUUUAUGAAGUAAUUAUCACAAUUUAAGCCUAUUUAUUGGAUAUUAUUAAUUUAUUUAAGGUAAAAUUCUAAUAAAACCUGAUACAGCUCAACUACUGAAGUACCCAUCAUAAUCUUAGCAUCUACAUUCUACAUCUGAUAUAAAUAAUAAUAUACCAAAUUAUAUAUAGGGCAAGCCCUAUAUAAUAUAUAAUAAAUAAUACAUUAUUUUAUAUUAUGGAAUUCAGUAGGCUAGGCCUAGACCAAUUGCUGUAAACUGUUUAACUCUCUGGAGACGUAAGAGUCUAUCGGCCCAAGGUUGACAAGAGAGAAAGUCGUAAGUCCGAACCAUCGGCCUGAUAAAUCGAGCCUCACAAUUGGCUGGCUUGGCGUUGUACUAGCGAAUAAAAAUUAUUCUUAUGUAUUCCUGCAUAUCCUGGCAUUGUAAUGGUGGCGUUCGUUGAUGGGGAACCAGAUUUAUUUGUGUCCAGGAAUUUUUUUUGGUGAGUGUGUAUAGUUAUAUCGUGAAAUUUGAACAUGUCUGACAGUGACUCUGAUCAAACUGUGCGUAGUGAUUUUGAUAUUCUAGCAGUCAAUCUGACACUGAAACUGAUGAAAACAACCAGGAAAUUAAUGAAGAUUUUCAAAUUGAGGGUAAUGCUAAUGUUGUGAACUUUUGGUUUAGUAUUACUAGUAUUAGGGGUCCUCAAAUGGACAGAGAUGACCCCUCUGAAUUUUUAGACAACAUAAGUCCUAUAAAUAAGGCAUCAGAACCCCAUUUGAGUACUUUAUGCUAUUUUUACACUAAAUAUCACUCAAAUGUUUAUGAGAGAGACCAAUAGAUAUGCCAAUAUACCAAUAACUUUCUCAGUAACAUCCAGCUUAAGAGAAUGUCCCUAGGUCAUAAAUGGGGGCCUGUUGCAGUGUGUCUGUAACAACUGAAAAAUAGGGGGGGGGGGGCUGAAAUGGAGUAGAACCAUGUGCCAGAUAUAUCUGAAGGGCCUCCAUGGGCCUUGUUUCCCAAAAACAUAAGUGUUAGGACUUAUUCAGGCCUCAUCCAUAAAAAAAUUCACACAUUGAUAAAAGUAAGUCAUGUUUAUUCUAGGUUUAACAAAAAAUUACACGCAUAAAUUAUGCAAAUCAGGAUAGCUAAUUUCCAUAAAUGUUUAUAUUUCAGUUAGAUUCAUAAAGAUUGCAUUAGUUCAUUCAAUUUCCUACAAGAAUAUAUAUAGUUUUACAUGUAUUAAGGGAAUAGUUUAUUUUUUAUAAAUUUUUUUGCAAUGCGAGUGCCGAGCUUGUAAAAAGUGCCCCGUCUUUUUGGCACAGACAGCCCGAAAAGGCUCCGUCUCCCGAGGGUUAAGCGUAGGCUGUAGCCCAUGCCUAUUUAACUAUGUAUGAUAUUAUUUUAUUAUUUGUUAAUCACAAUAUUAACUACUUUUGCAAAUUAGUAGGCCUAAUUAAAAUUAUUAUUUACAAUAAUUGUCUAGACUAUACUUUAAUAGGCUCACUUAAAAAGUGUUUGUGUGUAAACUGUCAUUUAGAUCAGUUUUGGAGAGGUUUGUGGAGGGUCCAAUAAAGACAUUUUAAAAAAACUUUUAAAGAUACAUAUGCAUUAUAUAUUGUUAUUUAUUGAAGUUAUAUUCAUAUAGGCCUACGUAUUAAUAAUUUUAAAAAGUAAUGUAUUUUAAUUUAGCUUUGUUCUCUAGGUUGACACAAAAUUUGUUAAAAUUAAUAGAUUACAAAAUACUUUAAAUCUUUUGGCAAGUUGACUUGUUAUUUCCUGGGCUACUUAGCACUAUCUAAUUUUUUGUUCUAUAUAUUAUUUAGGGUAGGCCUAACCAUAAUUUAAACAGAUUCUUAGUAAAAUGGUUGAGUUGAUUUCAAUGAGAAGAGGAAAAUUAUUAUAUUAUACAUUUUGGUAUUUUAGUAUAGGCUACAAGAAAUACGUCUUACUUAACUUAACUCUACCUUUAGCAUAUUAGAAAUUUCUUCAGUUAAAUGAUAGCAGAUCAAUGAGAUCUCUCUAAGCAUAUUUAAACAAUAUGAUGGUUAGUCUAAUUAUUGCAUUUCCUGAUAUUUGUAAUUAUUACAAUAAAUACUAGUUAAUUUGUAAUUGUACAGUUCUACGCAAGCUUAGCAAAGAGUUAGCUAAAUUUAAUUGCAUCAACAAAUUGCCAACUAGGCUAACUGAAUUGUAAUAGUAGUACUUUUUAUAAAGCCUAAGUUCAAACUGUUAAGUAUUGUGUAGCCUUAGGGUUAAUAAUGUUUAUGUGUGAAAAUGUCAAUAACAAUUGUUGAAUUUUAUGGAUUAAUAUGAUUAUGCAGCAGCUUGAGAAAAAAUAUUUUGUUGGUUAAAAAAAAAAAAAGUAAAAUAUGUUGGACAGUUUGGGUUAUUGAAUUGUACAAUUUUUACUUAUUUUUGUGUCUGACAUGUAAAAUUAAUUUUGAAAUGCAGCAAUCACUUUUUGGAAGGCCUUGCAACAAAAUUAAAUUCAGUUUGUUUAUAAUAUAAUAAUGAAUCCAUUAGGCAAAUGCCUAAAUAAAGCAAUAAACCUUUUUUCUCUCUUUUAUUUUUCAACAGGAAAUGACAAACAUUAACCAUAGGUUUACAAAUUCAGAACUACCUCUGGAAAAUAGAUCAACCAUUCAUUAUUUGUUACUCAUUUUCACUGGAUAAAUGUGGAUGAAAAAGAAACUGAUUGUCAACCAUUAAUUUAUUGGGUACAACAGAUAUUUCUUGGAUGUAUAUUCACUUGUUCAUCUCCUAUUUGGCAUCAUAUUGUUACUAUCUCCCGGAUCUCAAAAGCUUUGGAUCAAACAGUUUUGAAUGAAUCGGGUUGUUAAAUUAAAAUUUUUUGACUAAUAGAAACAAGAAAGAGAUGUCAGCAGAAAAGAGGCUAAAACGCCUGGAGGAGAUAUAUCUCAGGGGAGUUGCCAAAAGCAAUGGAUUAUGUGUGAGUGUUGAAACACUCCUUGAUUCAUUAUUAGUUUUGUAUGAUGAAUGCAACAGUGCAGCAUUACGGAGAGAGAAGAACAUUAGUGAAUUUGUUGAAUUUGGUAAGUAAAAUUGAAAAAGAACCUGAUUGCAUUUCAAAACCAUUAUGCAUUAUUUGGAAAAAAAAAAGGUUACAUCUUUUUGCUUAAAUUAGUUCAUAUCAUGUAGUGUUCAGGUAGAAAUAUAAGGGAUGGAUAUAUUUUUAAAAGCUAAAUUACUAUCUUCAAAACUCAUUUUAAGAGUUUCAUUCAGUCCUCAUGCUCUCUCCAAAAGGGUUCCUUGUGGAAGCAGCAAAAUGUCUCUUUUGGUCUUCCCCUCUUUUUUAAUAAAAUAAUUUUAUUUUAAAGUAGUAAGAUACUGCCAGACUAUGUAAAAAUUAUAUAUACAUUUUUAUUAUUAAUAAUGUUCAGUACAAAGUUACACCUUGAAUAAUGAAACAAAUAUUUAUUUAUUUAUUUAUUUAGGCAUUUUUAUAUAGCGCUUAUCAUAAAGCUCUAAGCGCUUUACAGUUAUUAAAACAUGUAAACUAAGUAAAUACAAAUGUCUGUGAUCCUAUCAUUGAUGAUAUCUAUAGAAACAAUGAAAAUGGCUAUAAAAAGAGGACACUUUGACACUUCAGGAUUAAACCGAAACAGAAAAUUAGGUAGGGCAAGGAGGGUGCAUCACAGGUUAUAGGCGGACCUAAACAGAUGAGUUUUAAGGGACUUUUUGAAAAUGGACGAGGUUUCACUAUGACGUAUAUGGAAGGGGAGCUGGUUCCAGAACGUGGGCCCAUGGAAGCAGAAGGAGCGUUCACCGAUAUAAUAAAAUAACAUACUUAUAUAUAUUUCAGCUCGCCCUGUAUCAACAUUUGUUCGGCAACAUAGGCUGCAGAGAGAUGACUUUGAAACACUUAAAAUUAUUGGUCGUGGGGCCUUUGGAGAGGUAUGUAUGCCUUUACAAUAUUUUUUAAUUUGUUUUAUGUAAAAUAAGAUUUACCAUUAAAAACUUCAGUUCAUUUACACUAAUGGAUUAUAUGACGUACAUUUAGUAAUUUCUCAUCAGAAUUCAAAUUUUUAAUUACAGUUUUUUAAAAAUGUGUGUUUUGGAAAAAAAAAGAUUGUUUAAUGGGAAACGUGAAUUGUUUGUUAUUUUAUUGUUAUCUUCCCCCAUGAUUUUUAGGUGGCUGUUGUUAAGGACAAAUCAACUGAAAAUGUAUAUGCUAUGAAGAUUUUGAACAAAUGGGAAAUGUUGAAACGAGCUGAGGUAAAACAAACUAAAUUAAUUUUAGAAUUAAAUAUUUUAUGAUUCAUUAAGAGAGACUUCUGCAAAUUAAUAAUGGAAUAAAAUUUAAUGAUCUAAAUGUAAAUAUUUUAUAAUCUUAUUUAAGGAUUUUAUUUGUUGUAUCACAUUGAUGUCCGAUUCACAUUUAUAUGCAAUAUCUUCGAACCAUCUCUUGAAUGGCACUUCGUUCUCUAAGUCAAUAAGGGCAUUUGAUAAUUAGGGAUAGACCAACUCCAUGAACGUUGUUCAGACAAAAUAAAGUUCCACAGAAGAUUAUAAAAAUCACAGAUCUCACUUGAUGGGUUGAAAUGUAGACUGAGAAUGUUAUCUACAGAAUGGAAAUAAACCCACAUACAAUGGAAACUUGGGAAAUAGUUCAACUUUAUUGGCUCUACUGUAAACCAUAAAAUAGGUGCAGAACAUUGGUGUAUAUCACUAUUCUACUUUCAUUUACCUGAACAUCCUCAGAGAUGUCAAGUCAUCCGGGUCAUCACAAUGUGGAGUAUUCUUAUAAGGCUUGUAGAGGAAGGACUGGAAGAUGGGUAUGGUUUUACCUACUGUGGCAACAUUUUAACUAACAAAGAGGGACAGAUAUAAAGUGGGAACUGAAAUGACAAGAGCAGCUUCCAACUAACUGAAAUGUCAGGGUACUUAUCAUCAUUAUGAAGUCUGUUUUUACUCUAUGGAGUGGAGACCUGGAGAAAUAUUACAACAAAAUUCAAAGAAAAAUAGAAGCAUUUUGACCAUUUAACUUAGGAAAUCCUUAGAAAUCAUGCUCCAAUAUUAUUAGCAUAAUGAACUUUGGACCUGGGGAAUAAGAAAUCAUAAAAAAACUAUGGCAAGGAUCUAAUACAUACUAUUGAAUAUCAAGCAGGCCCUCACAUGAAAUCCAAGGCAUUUGGAACAGAGGUAGGCCAUGCUAUAUCAGGAGACAGACACGAAAAAUAAUGGAAGAAACUGGAGAAAGUUGGUGGAGAAACUUGUCCAGGAUUAGGAUGCCUGUAAAUCUCUUCUUGGUGGCUUAUCUAUGUCCCUGGCAUAGCCAUGAUGUAAACUUGAGAAGAUUGAUGCACAGUAUUUCUUCAUGAAGUUUAAUUAUGAAAGAUUGCUCUAUUAACACAAUAAAUAUCUAUCCAUAAUUCCUCAGACUGCUUGCUUCAGAGAAGAGAGGGAUGUUCUUGUUUAUGGAGACAGACGCUGGAUAACCAAUCUACAUUAUGCCUUUCAAGAUGAUAACUAUUUGGUAUUUUAUUUUUUUUUUGAUAAUGCUACUUAAAUUCUUAUUGUUUCUAAUAAUUUUAAUAGAUAAUAAAAACAAAUUUACACUUGACAUUCUUCAAAGUCACUUAUGUAUUGAUAUAUACAAGUCUGUUAAACUAUUGUAUUGCGUCUUAUUAAAAGUCUUUUUUGUCUUCUUUCCUAUAGUAUCUUGUUAUGGACUAUUAUUGCGGUGGUGAUCUGUUGACGCUGCUUAGUAAAUUUGAGGAUCGUCUGCCAGAAGACAUGUGUAAAUUCUAUAUAGCUGAAAUGGUGCUGGCCAUCAAUUCAUUGCAUGAACUUCAUUAUGUGCAUAGAGAUAUUAAACCAGACAACGUGCUUCUUGAUCGCAGUGGUCAUAUUGUCUUAGCAGAUUUUGGCUCUUGUCUUAAGCUUAUGGAAGAUGGUACCGUGCAAUCUUCAGUGGCGGUUGGAACACCAGAUUAUAUAUCACCAGAAAUUCUUCGUGUAAGCUUAAUUUUGUAAAUUGUAUUUUCGACACAUACCAUUAUUAAAAAGGUUUCUCAUACAUUAAAAGAUAAAUCAGUGAUUAUAUUAAAAAUAUUGGUUAUCCUUUACUUUACUAAACUGAUGUUAACGAGGAAAUGUUUUAUAAGUGAGUAUUUAAUAUAUACACAUGCUUGUUAUCUUUCAAUUUUAACAGGCAAUGGAGGAUGGACAUGGUCGCUAUGGUCCAGAAUGUGAUUGGUGGUCACUGGGAGUAUGCAUGUAUGAGAUGCUUUAUGGAGAAACUCCAUUUUACGCAGAAUCUCUCGUUGAGACUUAUGGCAAAAUCAUGAAUCAUCAGGUAAGAUUAAUUUGCAAAUGUAAAUUUAUAGCUUUUUACAUUGGUUGUUGAUCUAUGUAGUGUUAAUGGGGUUAUUUUUCUUUAUUUUUCUGGAUAUUUGAGUUUUUUAAAAGGGCAAUAUUUAAUCUUAACAAUAUAAAGGCCAUGUGGUGUCAAAUCAUUUCUAUUAGUUAAUAAAAACAAAUGAUAGUGAAAUUAGCAUAUUUUUUUUUCCAUAUCAUAAAUUGAUGUACUGCAGUUAAUUUAACAUUUAUAUAAUCAUUAGCAUCAUUUUUAUACUUAAUUUUGUUAAAGUUAGUCCUGUUAAACAAUAUAUUUUCAGUCUCGGUUUGAGUUUCCAACUGAUGUAGAUGAUGUAUCUUCAGAAGCACAAGAUUUGAUACGUAGGCUAAUUUGUACACCAAAUGAUAGAUUUGGCAAGAAUGGCUUAGAAGAUUUUAAAAAUCAUCUCUGGUUUUCUUCUAUAGAUUGGGAUAAUAUAAGGGAUAGUAAGUAUAACAUAGAGACUUCUUGGAUUAGCAUUGAGUUAAAAUUUCAUUCACAUACUGUAAAGAGUACUUUUUUAGUUUGGUAUCUACAUUUUUAAAUCAGUAAUUAAAGUAAAACUUAUGGAAUGUUUUUCUUCGUUUAUUCAUUGAAUAUUUUAUAAUACAGUGGACCCACCAUUUCGACCAGAAGUGACCAGUGCCACAGACACAUCUAAUUUUGAUGUGGAAGACAUGGAGUUUAAACAUACUGUAAGUUAAUAAAAGAAAUUAAUCUUAAAAUUUAUUUGAACUAAUGUAUUCACUCACAAUCUCUAUAUACAUUAGUUCAAAUAAAAUAGAAAAAAUAAAAAAUUCAAGUGUUUUAACUCUCAAUCUCUAUAAACACUUGAAUUUUUUAUUUUUUCUAUUUAUAAAAUGCUAUACCUUUGAUUAGUGAUAAGCAAUGGUAGAAAUUUGAUUUUUUUCAAACAUAUUAUGCGUUUUCUUUACAUUGGCUUUCUCUGAUAUUAUUUUCUAUUAAUGUAAGUUUCUGUAUGUGGUUAAAUAUAUUUAUAUUUAUAUUGAUUUACAGUCAUUUAUGUUAAAGUAUAUAUUUCUGUGGAGACCAAUAUAUUAAGAAAUACUACCAAACAGCUGUAAUUGGCUAUUACAAUUUGUAAAAAUAAUGUCAAUAGCUGAUGGUUUUUCAUAGCAACUGACCUUAUGCAGAUUGGCAUAUAUGCAGAUUGUAUUAGCUAAAAUUUGUACUAUAAAUUACAAACAUGCAGCAGCUGACAUUUAAUUCAUGAACAGAAGCUAUAAAUGGAUCAAAUUUAUUUUAAAAAAUAGCCACUUUUAUAGCUGGGGUUAUGACAAAGUAUAUACAAUUUAAUCGUAAGUUUAUUUAUCAAAAAUUUGUUUAGUUGCUAUUUUUAAUUUUUGCACAAAAUAUAAAAAAAGAUCAAUUCUGAUAAUCAAUAAUGUUUCUUAAAAAAGACAAGCGAUGAUCGCUUUCAAAACAAAUGAUCCAAAAUGCAAUUAUCGAUAAACAUCCCUACCUUAGUAAUUAGGAUUAAAUAAUAAUAAUUUUUCUUUAUGCAGGAUACUGUUCCACCUACCUCACAUGCUAAUUUUAAAGGUCACCAUUUACCAUUUGUAGGGUUUACCUACACCAAAGAUUCGUAAGUAUUCUUUAUAAGACAAGAAAAUAUAAUUUUUUCCACUUUUUAACAAUAAUUAUUCUAGUUUCUUAUAGUUGAAUGUUUUGGUGUAUUCUUUUAAGACGCCAAACAGACAUGAAUUCCUCUAAUUUUUUUCCCCCUUUUAUUUAGGGAUAAUACAUUCACACCAAAAAGGAAUAACUUUUACGUCCAGCUUAUUUUUAAAAAAUUUCAGGUUUUCUAUUUAAAAAAAUCAUACAAGGCAAAUAUUUCUUUAUAGCAAAUCGUAUUUUAAAAUAAAUUUAAGGUAAACAAAUGGAUUCUUUUUAAUUUUCAAAUUACUUAACGGUGACAACAAUACAGUUCAUUCUACUGCAUUUUUUUUAAAUUCUAGAAAACUGUCAGACUUAGGAGUGCUUCUUCCAGAAGUAAAAGGAGAAAAGGGCAAAAAAGGGGAUGUACAAAGUGAAAUUUUUGAACGAAAGAUAAAGGUGUUGGAAAAAGAGAACAGAGAUUUAAAUCAGAGAAUACAAGGUAUGGUUGCUUUAUAGUCUAAUUUGUGAACAUGCUAACCUAUGCAGAAGUGUUGGAGCAUAACAAUAACAGCCAUUUUAUAGCACUUGUACUUGAUUUUAGUUUGUAUAAGUCUGCAAGGAAAGCAAGGUGAUGCUAGUUUACAUGAUAGUGUUUAACAAUAGGUACACAAUGCUUAAAAAUUUAGACAUCCUUUCAUAAGUGAGACUAGAAAAUGGCUUCCUGUUGCAUAUAUGGUGGUAGUAAAAUUGUUUGUGUCUCAUAUGACAAAUUGUGAAAAUAACAAUUAUUUAAGCAGCAAAAAAAAACAAAAAACAUUGCAGGUGUUCAUUUAUGACUUUCUUCGGGUAUUGAAUCUGUGUUUUAUACCAUGUGUUUAAGAAAAGAAGAUUUUUGGUUCGGGUGUUGUAUGCUUUGUUUACUAUGCAGGUUAAUUAUAAGUAAGUGCAAGUUAUAUUUUUAAAGCAAAGUUUUCUAGCUCAGUGCUCUAAAAUGUUAGUCCCUACCCCUGAGCUAAUGGGCAAACCCUUAGUCACCUGUCUGCAGGAUUUGAACAAUUCUAAGAGAUUAUGAUUUAACACCAAUAAAAAAAUAAGAAUUGUCAUUCAACACCAUUAAAAAAAGUUUGUGUACACCAGUUCUGCUAAAAAAGGUCAAUACUCAGAGGUCGAGAUUCUAUCUCUUAGGACCUUGGCCGUGAAACAUGGCCUAGUAGUCCCUGGGGACUCCGGCCAUGCAACAUGGCCUUGAGUAACAGGGGUUUGGGUAGGUUGCUUCCACUCAUGAGGCGACAGUUUUGCGUCACAACCCCCCUUACCCAUUACGGUCUGGACGUUGGGUUGGAACGGUUUUACUUCCUCUCCGGGGAUGGUGUUGCGUUGCCACCCCCACCGCCCAGGGAGCCGUACGUUCCUUGGUGUGGCACAGCUUUGCCUCCACUCUGGGAGUAGUCACAAGCUUAACUUUCUCCCAACGUUCCUGGGAGUUGUGUGGACAUGGGUCAAAACGGCUUUUCUUCCUCUCCGGGGGAGGCGUUGCGUUACCUCAACCCACCGUUCGGGGAGUGGUUCGGUCUGGACUGUGGCGGGACGAAACGGUCGCCUAGGAGCGGUUUUCUCAAGGCCGCAUGUUUUUAAUCCUCAGCAAGGGUUUUUAAAGAAAACUCAAGCCUUAUAUCCAUUAUCGGCGACACGUAAUCAUGUUAGCGUGCAACUUCCGUUGCGUAGGAAGUCAUGCGUUUGACUGGGAUUUUUUAGCUUCAGAAGGGAAAAAUCCCCCCCCCCCACUAGUCGGUAACGCCACGAAGAGGAAAAAUCCUUUGUAACACCACUCGAGCAAGUGGGGCUGAGCAAGAACCUCACAGAGCUCGGCCCUUACCCGACACGGCGACACGUAAUCAUGUUAGCGUGCAACUUCCGUUGCGUAGGAAGUCAUGCGUUUGACUGGGAUUUUUUAGCUUCAGAAGGGAAAAAUCCCCCCCCCCCACUAGUCGGUCACGCCACGAAGAGGCAAAAUCCUUUGUAACACCACUCGAGCAAGUGGUGCUGAGCAAGAACCUCACAGAGCUCGGCCCUUGCCCGACCGACACCAGUUCUGCUGAAAUGUUUGAAAAGUACUACUAAAGCUUAUUGAAAAAAUAUUCCUUUUAAGGCUAACCACUUCAAAAUCCAAAUUUAAUGAAAAAAAAAAAUAAAAAAAAAAAAAUUUCUAGUUCACUGGUCAAUAGAUAAUAACAACAGACUGAUUUAUGCCACACAAGAAAAGCAAUAAAAUGGCUUCCUCUUAAAAUUUUUAGAUUUUUUGAAUCAAGGUAAUAGAAAUUGUUUCUUUUAUUAACCAUGAAUUUUUUUUCAAAAGAUAGGUGCAUCUAGCUCCAGUUUUAAAAAUAUUUUAAAAGAAUUUUAAACAUAUGUUAAGGUUCUAGAGGCUUUCUUCAAAGUCAUUUUCUACUCUACAAUCUUUUUCUCAGAGCUCACAGGAACAAUUACACAAUUACAGAGCAUAGAAGCUAAUGGCAUUGGGGCAGCUUCUGGUGUAGAUGAAACCAGACAGUUAAAAGAAGAAGUUGCUGUUCUUCACCGAGUUAUAUCUGAGUCCCAGGCAGAUGUGAGCAAUUUGGAGGUUGAAUUAAAGCGAUCAGGAGAACUCAUUUUAGACCAAGAAAGGCGCUUACGUUUAUUAGAAGAUGAAAAGACAGCAUUUGAAAAGGUUUGGCCUGAUAAUAUUUUUACCUAAAUCUAUUAAUCAGAUAUUGGUAUGAUUUUGUCUGUCAUCUGAAUAAGAACUACUUUAGUCAGCUGAGGGUGGGCAGACCAUAUUAACUUUCAGGUUUGUAAAGAAAAUAACAUUUAUUUAAACUUGCUGACUUAUACAAAACAAAGCAACUCACUAAUAUGGGGUGAAAGUUGAUUGUGAAAUGUUUUAUUAUUUAUCUUAAAACUAAUAUUGUUUAAUUUUGAAAAAAAAAAUUAUUAUGUCAAAAUGUUUAUGUAAUUAUUUUUAAAUAACAUUUUCAAGGAGCUCCAAGAAUGGCGAGACAAAUACAGAUCUCAAGCCAGAGAGUUAAAAGAAGCCCUAAAUAAGCAGAAGUUGGCAAUGGAACAGUAUACAGAAAUAAAUGAUCAGUAAGUUUUUAUUAAUUGAAAUAUCUGACGAAAGGAAUAAAAAUUUGAGAGGAAAAUACUGGCUUGUAUUAGAAUAUUUUAUUAAGAAAUAAAUGUUUCUUAUCUUAUGUAUUUUAAAAUGUUGAUGUACUUUGUUUUAGGCUAUUGAAGGUGCAAUCAAAAGUAAAGGAACUUACCAGAGAAGUAAGAAACAAAGAAGAAGAAAUUGAAGAUCAGCGAAGGCUUGUUGAAAAUUUGAAGCAAGAGAAAAGAAAGGGUGAAAAAACUGUGAAUGAGGUUUGUGUUUAAAAAAAAUUAAAUGAAAUUUUUUUUUAGCCUAAAUGGUACUUAGUCUUAGUGGUCUUAUUACUAUCUAUGCUUAAUCAGUCGGCCAUCUAAUACCCAUGAAAUUCUAACUUUUAUCAAACUUUCACUUAAUUAUUUUGAUUUAGCAUGAAGCACUUUUUAAUGAAAUUAAUUUUUUUAACAUAGCUUCAAAACCAAUUGGAUGAAUCAAGAUCAGAAUCCAGUAAAGAGCGGCGGCUGAGAGAGCGGGCUGAGCAAUAUACUCAAGACUUAGAGGCAGAAAUAGAAAAUUUAAAAAGAAAAAAUAUUGGCCGAUCAACAGCUACAUCUAAUGUUGCUGAACUCAAUCAAGAAAUAUCAAGGUAUUUUUCUACGUCUUGAAAACCUUAGUCAAACAUAUAUAUAUAGUAAUACCCCAAAAAUGUGGGGUAAUGUUCUGAGACAUGAAGUAUGAUUUUUACAUAUAUUGUAAAGCUUAAUAAACCCUUAUGCAUUCUUAUAAAAAGUUAUAUAAAGUUAUCUUGUUAAUUUAUUUUACUUUCAGUUCUUUAGGCUAGAAAAUGCUUAUUUUACCGAAAAAAUUACAAUAAAUAUACAUAUACUGUAUAGGGCAAAAAGCCAGUGAAAUAGUGGAGUGUAACUUAUGAGAAAACCUGCAAAAAGUGAUCCUAUAUAUUAUAUAUGUGUGUGUGACUGAUAUUUACAAGAUUAACAGAGAUUGACUGGCACAAAUAAAUACAAAGAAAUGUAUAAAUAUGCAUCAACGCUCCCAUCAUCGUUUUGAAAUGAAGAUUUUGGCGUAAGGAUCGUCCAUGUAUAAAAACCUGUUUAUUUUGGUUCUUUUCUUGGCUAUUGGUAUUUAGUUAUUUUAAAUCAAUUCUAGAGUGAUUUCCCUUUGAUAAACAUACAAGGAUACAGUGCAAUUAUUUUCUAAAUAGCAACAGAUUGUUUCCAGUGGAAUUAGUUAAAUUUUUUUGCUAGUUUUUUGUGUGGCGGUGACAAUGGAUAAUGUGCUCUGAGGUUUAAUUUUUUCUUUUUUGAAAGUUGAUCUUUAUUAUUUGUGAUGCACAUAUGGAUAUAGUUCAGAAAAAAAACAUUUUUGUUACACUUUGGAUUAUAUAUUCUCUUCGUGUGACUUGGAAUGAGCAUUUUGUGAACAUUUGGUAAUUUUUUAAAAUAAAUUUUUAUUUUCCUUAAAUCACAAUCACAUUUAUUUAUUAAAAUUUAAACCCAAAUCUUGUUUGCUUGCAAAGAGCAUGCAUUUCCCUUUAAUUCCAUACCAAAAUUAACAUUUUCUGAUUAAAAACAAAUAAGUUAUGAAGGUUUAGAGAAAACAUAGUAGUGCGUAACAAAAAACCCAAAAUAGAUAAUUCCGUCAGAACCUGGAAAAUAAUUCCAGAGGGAAAGAGUUAAGCAGACCUGUUUACUCUUACGAUUUUGGCGUACAGUGUACGAUUUUGAGGUGUAUACAUUAUAUAUACAGCACGUUUUUGCUCUAUAAAGAGAAUGCAUUGAACCAUUAUAUGAUGAUAUUGUACGAUUUUAAGGGUUUGGGGGUAAACAGGUCUGGUUAAGUGAAAAUAUUUCUUUACAAAUAGUAGCUAGGUUUAUCAAUUUCACAUAGAUAUCAAUAUAGAAGGGGUGAGCUAUGAUGAAUCAGUGGCGCCAGUUUAUGAAGCCAUUUUGAAUUAAUAUACACUAUACUGAGCUACCCAAAGAUUUGUUAGAAUUCAUUUUCAUCUGUGUUUUUCAAAACCUUCACAUUAGAAGAUGGAUUUAGACAAAAAAUGUAACACAUUUUUCUCUUUAUGCAAUGAUCUUGUGGGCAAUGGGUAUCUGAUAGAAGUGAAAUAAAGUAGUCUUUUAGGAAAAGGGAUUAUGAUUGUAUUGUAUUUAUUUAUUUGUUUAAUAACCAAAAAUUUAAAUUAAUACCAGAAAAUAUUUAGUUCAAUUCUAUUUUUGUUUUGUUUUGUGGGGAUUGUUAUAUAUAAAUAAUCUUGAGAACAUGACUUUAGUUUAAUUUCAAAGGACACUUAAAACAAAAAAAGUGUUAAUUUAUUGUUAAAUAUUUCUCAGAUUAAAAGCAGAAGUGGCAGAAAAUGAAGACACAAGAGCCCAGUUGACUAGCAAGUACUCAACAGAACUGAAUGGUAUCAAGUACCAAUUACAGGAAAGUGAAACGAAGCGCUCAGAUCUGGCUGAGGAAAUAAAAAGACUUCAGACAAAGUUAACAGAACAGCUAAAUUCUAAAGAAUUGAAAGAGCAGAUAGCUACUCUACAAUCUCAGUUAGAGACUUCUGAAAACAAAAUCAAGGCUCUGGAAGAUGACAAUGAGAGGUUGCAAGAGGAAUCCACCUCUGUAAGUACACUUAUUUAAGAAGUAGCAGUGGUGAAUUAUAGCUCUUCUUUUAAAAAAAUUAUUGGUAAUAACUUUAAUUUUACCCUUUAGCAAAAUUAAAACGAGGGCAUGUUCAAAAGGCAUUUUUUUUUAUACAAUGCAUGGAGCAAUGAGGAAAAUGAUUGUUCUUUGAACAUGAUGAUGCUUUAUACGCUAUUCUGAGCUCUAUUGCACCAUCCAACUUCCAUUUUAAAUGCUAAAUAGUUUUUUAAUUUGUUUUGAAAAAAAAAUGAUUAUUUGAUUUUAUGUGCAAUUUUUUUUUUAAAGCAAAUAAAUCGCAUUGACAAUUUGAUGAAAGAAAGGAGUCAAAUGGAGGAUGAGAUCAAAGACAUUUAUGACAAGAGAGAGUCAGUUGCUCAAUGGGAGGCACAGAUAUCUGAAAUCAUCAAGUGGUGAGUGUAUUAAAUUUCUGUGAAUGUAAUUCUGUAUUCUGAAAGCAGAAAAAUUUAUUUAAACCCAACAUCUCUUAUCAUCAAAUUCAGUUUAAUUUUUUGUUUGUUUCAGGGUCAGUGAUGAAAAAGAUGCUCGAGGCUACUUGCAAGCUCUUGCUACAAAGAUGACAGAGGAGCUUGAGAAUCUGAAAGUUAUGGGUGUUUCUGGUGAUGAUGCAGUAAGAACAUUUUAAAAAUAAAUUGUUACAAAAUGUAUUCUUUUUUUUAAAGAUAAAAUUGAAACAGCAGCUGUCAUCAUAUCAACAUUAAAGUAUUAAUGGUUGAUUCUUGGAUGGCAACUCAUCUAAGAGGAGGCAAACUCUGAAAUGAAACCAGGGAUGGAGUCCAGUAACAAUGUCACAAUGAAAAUUCCGACAACUGCAUCAUGAUAACACAUUAAGAGCAUUGAAACAUUAAAAAAAAACAAUUGCUGAUCAUCUACUGCAUCCUUGUCUAUUGCCAAUCAUCUUGACUAAUUCUUGCCAUUGGAUCAAAUAGGCAAGGAUGAGAAGUUGAGCAACUCACCCUCACUUUUAACAAAAUAUAGCUCAAGUCAAGGCUACUUCUCAAACUUUAAUCAUCUUUGUGUGCAAAAGAUGAACAAUUAUAAUAUUUAAGCAUUAAAAAAUAUUUGCAUGACUAAAAUAAAUAACAGUGUGAUAUUUAUUGGUUUGCAUAAUAAUAUCUUGAAAUAUUCCUUUUUUUUAAUGCAUCACUAAAUUUUAAUAAUUUUUUUUCAUAGACAAGGCCAAGAUGGAGGAAUCGUCGCUCUGCUAAAUUAGACAGAAUGGAGUUGCUGAAUUUGCAGUCAAAUCUGCAGUCUGAACUUGCAGCGAAACAGCAAAUAACAGAUGAGUUGGCAAGAACCAAAGAUGAACUUGCUACUGUUGAAAAGUUUGUUUAUUUUAUAUUAUUCAAAGUAACAUUUUCUUUAGGAUGCAUUUUUAGCCAAAGAUUAAUUAAAAAGUUUAGCAGAAUUUAAUUUUGUAAAGUUUCCAGUGGUUUUUAGGCUCCUUCAAACUGUUAUUAGACUUAGUGUUUCCAAAAUUUUAAAAAAUGAUCUUAUAUUAUUAAUAUACAUUUAACUUGUGAUUAAAGCUGUGAUUGUAAACUGAUCAGGAGAUUUACUUUCGAUAGAACAGUGAAAAAUUACUGAAACAAAACAUUUAAUUACAUUCUCUUUGGUAGAGCUUCACUUUAAUUUGUAAAAUUUGUACCUUUCAGUUCUGCUGACAAAAUUUUAGUUAUGUAGCAUGUUACAAUUUGUAUAAUUAUUUUUUAAAUCAACAGCAAAAUGCUAGAAUAUGGCAGGCAGAAUGAGGAACUGAAAAUCAAAAUUACCAAUUUGGAGGGCCAAAUCAGUAACUUGCAACAACAGCAUCAUAGAGGAAUAAGUAAAUGUAAGUCACAUAUCAUUUUUGAAAAACUUCUUUCACUCUAUGACUUUUAAUCUGUUUACGGGCUAAAAUAAUUUUCUUACUCAAAAUCAGACUGAAAAAGUCUAUGGCAUUAAUACUGUUAGUAGAAUUCUAUAAGCAAUAUUAAUAGUAAUAGCAUUGCUGCAAGGAAUGAUGAUUUCAAUGAUAUACAUCUUGUUUUAAAAAAAAACAACAAAAAAAACAAAGCUAGACAAGUAACUUUAUCAUACAUUUUCGGUUGCAGCCGCUAACAUCCGGUAACAUCAGGGGGUGAAUAGACAGAAAUACGAUUGGUUGUAAUUUUUUUAAUUGAGGACCUUCCAUAAUUAUGUAUGCACUGAGAGGGGAAAGAGGAGGGGGGUGAUCUAGGAGAUUUUGUGCAUGGGUGGAUAUGGGGAUGAGAGUUGAGGGGAGGAGUAAAUAUGAUUUACUACAACGAAUGACAUUCGAAUAGCAUUUAGUCUAAAUGGCCCCGGACAUGCAGUGCCGCCAUUUGCAUCCGGGUUUCUUUAGACCAGUGCUAUUGUCAUUUGUAGUAGUUUUAGUUAAACUGAAGAAGUAAGUGUACAAACAUAUAUUCCAUUCAAUUAUCUUUCAUUUGAUACCUCAUUUUGUCUUAUAAACCCAACAAUAAUAUUUUAAAUAGUUUUUCAUCCCAAUCUCUCACUUCUGGUACCCGGGUGCGAAUAGUCGCAGCCUUACUUUAAUAGGUUUUUACAUCAUUUAAAUAUAGAAGAAAAAGAGACUUAUUCAAAACAAUAAAUUUACCUGUUUUUUUAUUUAGGGGAUCAACAAGAUGAAAACUCCUCAAUCUCAAUAUUCAAAUACCUUAAUGAUAGAUAUGCAUUAAUGCCCGAGGUGAGUAACUUUUUAAAAACAUUUAUUUUUAGAUUUCACAAAAUACUUUUGGUUUCAAAUCUAAACAUUCGCGUUUAAUAAUAAAUUUAAUAUUAUAAUAAAUAUAUUGAAUAUUGAUGAUGGCUUAUAACUUAUGGCAAACAUUAUUAAACUUUGAGAGUAGUUAUUUUCAUUUUUAUCAUCAGUUGGAUUUAUAUUAAUUCAUUUAAUAAUCCGUUUGAAAAGAAUAAUAACUUAGAUAUAAUUGUCUGUGUGAAUUUUAAAGAACCAUUUGUAAUCAAGAAUAGUCAGCAUCAUUAAUAAAUUACUAAAACAAGUUUUGGCUUGACUUAAAAGAUAAGAAAAUAUUAGCAUAUAUAUAAAUUUUUUAAAUUAUUUUAUUAUUCUAUUAAGCAAUAGUUUUUAAAUCAAUGCUUAAAUCAAUACUUAAAGCAGGCUGCCAAUGAUAGUGAGAGGGAAGAAGAUAGUGAAGCUGACAACACAUCAAGGACAGACUCGCGUACAGACUCACGGUCAGAUUUAAGAGGAGGGAGUGACUUUGAACACUCUAUACCUCAAGAAUCACACUUCACCCAGCCUUAUGAACCUGUCUAUGAGCCCCCAUGGGGUAAAGGAGGUAGCCCAGAACACCCAAACUCACCAUCAGGGGCAUCAAAGCCUCAAAUAAAAUCUCACAGGUUAGUAAUAUCAGUAGUUAAACUAUUGUUUUGCAUUUAAAAUAUUUUAUUUUAAGUAUUGACCAAAGAAUAAACAUAAGUAAUAAUGGGAAUGAAAGUAGGGGAAAAUAAUGUUUCUACUGAAUUCCAUGCGCUUUUCUCAAAGCAGACAUUGGCAGGAUGUUGUAGAAAAAUCCAUAUUAGGACCAUAUAAGAGCCUUGAGUGAAUAUAAAUUUUAAAUAAAGUAUGGUCCUAAUAUUCUUUACCCUUUAAUAUCAGGUCAUUUACAUAUACUUAUUUCUGAGGAAUAUACUUUUUUGUGCUUAAUAUAAAAUUUACCAGUUACAUUUUAUAGUUAUUAUUUUAAGUAAGUAGUUUUUUCCUGGGAUAGUUUAAAAUAUAUUUUAUCUAAACUAUUAUUUUCUGUGAGCUCCGUUUUAUAAAUGGUUAUAAAUACAACACUUUGCAUAUUUUAGUAUUUUUUAUGUAACCUAAUGAUGUAAUAUUUUCAUCAGAUUUAUUGUCAAGUCUUUCCAAACUCCUUACAAAUGCAAUUUCUGCACUAGUUUACUUAUUGGUCUCCAAAGACAAGGCAUAACAUGUGAAGGUAAAUCAUUUCUUUUAACUGUACUAAAACAAUUUAUCAUCAAAUUUAAUUUUUGGAAAAUUUCACUUCUGAUUGGUAGAAAAUGUUGUAUUAGAAUGUUAUAAAAAUAAUUUAUUGCAUUAGAAAAUGCACACACCUUAACCCUUUCGAUUCCAAUAUGUUAAAUUUUGACUCAGUUAAUGUUAAUAUUAGUUAAAUAAGAUAAUGGGGAAACCUUGUUUUUGUUAUACAUAUUUGAUGUUGAAGGUGCAUGAUAGUUUGUUUACAUUAUAUCUUUUCUGUUUAUAGUUAUGGGCAAAAAUCAUGUUAAAUAAUAGUUGUGUUUACCUUUGUUUAAAAAAAAAAAUAAUAAUAUGGAUUAAAUUUGUUUUUAAGAUUUAAACAACUUUUGUUCAGUAUGAUCCUUAAAAGGUGGUCCUCAAAACAGUUUUUCUAGAUAUGAAAAUUGGAUCUUUCGAAAGGGUUAAUAAUAAUAUGUGCAAUUAGUUUGAAGUGAUUCAUUUUUAUCAUACAAGUUAAACUUGAAUUUCAACAGCCUGUAGCUAUUCCUGUCAUGUGAGUUGCAAGAACAAAUGUCCACAGAUGUGUCCAGUUCCACCUGAUAUUGGUAUGGAUAACAGUAUAGUUUAAACAGUUUUUUUAAAUUCAUUUAAAACAAAUUUUCUAAUUCACAUCUGAAUUGUUAUCAAGGUACUGGUGGCCAUUAAAAAACAAACUAUAUAAUGUUGAUUUGUAAAUGCUCAACAGAAGUAUGGGUUUAAUUGGUAGGAGAUUUUUGAAGGGGAAGAUGGCAGGGGAGCAUUGGCCUUGAGUUGUACAUGAGAGAAAAUAAGGGAUAGUAGCUAGGGGUUAGGGUGGGUGUAUGCCUUUUUUUGUUAGGUUCCAAGUUUAUGCUAAGAAAGUUACAUAUUAAUAAUAUAAAUAAUAACUAUUUUCCAUGAAUUUCUUCAACAGCAAAACGUCCUUAUGGAGCUGAAGUUUCCAAAGGUCAAGGCGUUGUUUAUGAAGGUUUUGUGAAAGUGAGUAUUUCAUUUGUCAAGAGAUGGUAGUCACGGUCAACUCCAUUGAACUUUGUGUAAUUUUCGGAGUGAAUGUUAUUGAAUUAAAAAGUUUUCUAAAAACCGAUUUUUAACAAUUCAGAUUCCCAAGCCAGGAGGAAUCAAGAGGGGAUGGGCAAGGGAAUACCUGGUAGUCUGUGAUUUCAAGUUGUUUAUUUAUGAGGUUCCAGAAAAUAAAAAUUGUCCCUCUCAUCAACUACAACAAGUUGUGGAUAUGAGGUAAGAGCAAAACAAGAAGUUCUGUUCCAUGUAGCUUGAAAAUUUCUUUGCUUAGAUAUAGUUCAAAGAUAUUAUUUAAAAAAGAACAUAAAUAUUAAAAUUGAAGUUUUUAUAAGAUUUAUUGGGAAUAACCUUUUCAGAGAUGAAGAAUUUUCUGCCUCACCAGUGUUACCAAGUGACGUUAUCCAUGCCAAUAAAAAAGAUAUUCCUUGCAUUUUUCGUGUAAGUUAACAUUGUCUCUUUGGAACUAUUUUAUAGUUAAGUAAUCUAAGCUAAUAAUUUAUAAGUAAAAAAAGUAUAGAAAUGAAUGUCGUAAAGGUAUUAUUUCAAAAAUGAAAUUGCACAUUCAACAUCUAAAAUUUAAAAAGAUCAUGUCUCAAAAUGUUAUGUGAAAUGCAUCUUUAUUGUCUGCAGGUUACAACAUCGGAAAUGAACCCACCUGGCACUCCAUAUACAGUUUUUUUACUUUGUGAAAAUGAAAAGGAAAAAGACAAUUGGCUUGCAGUUCUCAAUCAGUAUCAUAAAAUAUUGCGGAACAAACACCAAUCAUUCAAAAGUGUAUGUCAAUUAUUAGAUAUUUUUUAAAAUCCAAUAUAAGCUAUAGAGAAUUUGACAGUUAAAUUUCUUUUAUUUUAAAAACUUUCAUAAUUAAAACUCAUUUAGAAAAUGUAAUUUUGAUCAUAACUAGUAAAAAUGUGAGUGGCAAUGUUAAUAUCCUUUUUAUUUUAGUAAACCAGUUAUAGGAUUUGGGAUCCAGUUUUAACCUGGUUAUUGGUUUUUACAUGGCAAUGUCUGACUGACAUGUUACAUUUUAAGAUCAUUAGUAUUAGUUUGAUUUAGAAUUUCUCUGUUAUGUUUUGAUUUCACAAUUUUGUACCAGCACUGGGCCAAUGUGUGACAGCAUUUGUUGGUCAGCCAAUAUUUAUUACCAUUGACUAGACUUCUACAAUGCAAUCUGCACUGAUGCAAACAUUUUAAUGGAUAUAUAUAACAAAGCAAAAUGCAUCCUGCAAAGACAAAGUAUACUGGCAUUUUAAAGUGGUGGUCAUCUUUUUAUGAAAGUGACCUAGUUUUCCUUAAAAGUAUUCCUGUCCCUUCUGCUCUUUACCACAGCUGAUGUUAAACAGUGUGGGGCAUGGCUAGACAUGAUAAUGAUUACUUAUUUUAUACAUUUCUCUUAAAAGAGUGAUAAAAGUAAUUUAUCUAAAUCGAUUACUGGUAAUCAAAUUAUUGAGUAACAUCCAUUUAAAUUGAAAUAUGAUUAUUAUUAUUUUUUAAAGUCAAAAACUGAUGAGCAGUUGUGCCAUAAAGAAAGGCACAUAUAAAUUAACAUAACAUUUUCAACUUUUUAGAAAAAGAUUGCGCAAUAACAAAGUAAUCCUUCAGAUUUCUAUUUCCAGUUGCCAAAAUCUUUCAUUUAAAUACUCCAAUUGGCUGAAAAGACUUUGAAAAAUAGAAAAAAAUUCUUAUAAGAUUCUCUUGUUCCCUUGCAAAAUAAUUUAUUUAAGGAAACAUGUCUAGUUCUUUUAUGUCAUUCAACAAGGCAGUAGAAAAAAGCUGUUGAAACAGAGGAGGCAGCGAAAUGUGCCAAAGAAACAAUCCAUGAAGAAACUCCUAAUCAAUAAAAUUCAGACAAAAAGAAAUAAGCAACAUCAGACAGCAGAGACAUUUUCUCCAUCUCAAAGACAAGAUUUUCCGAUUGGAACUUGUGGCAGGUGUGGAAUAAGAGGCCAUAAAGGAAAUGUCUGCAGGUACAAAGACAUGAUCUGCCGCUUUUGCCACAAGAGAGGACAUCUAUAAAGAGUUUGUCUUAAUAAGAAAGAGAAUGCCCCAAAACAGAAACCAAUUCAUCUCAAAAGAAUAAGAAGGCAAAACCAAAUUCAAGAAUUUAUUUUAGAAGGAAAAAGGUUUGCAUUCGAAACUGACACUGGAGCCGGAGAAAAUUUUGUGUCUGAAUCUGUUUGGCCAAAGCUGGGACAACCCACAUUGAGCCCAGUAUCUGUUAAGAACGAGUCAGCGUCUGGUGACCUACUUAAUGUUUUGGGAGGAGUUGAGGCAGGGGAAAUAGCUACAAAUCUGUCAUUUGUAGUAGUGAAAAACCACAACUUAAAUUUGUUGGGAAGAACUGCAAUAAAGAACCUCAAGAUUUCAAUAGACACACUGUUUCAAACAAAGAUAAAUCACGUUAGUAAUCAAAACUCAUUGAUUAAAGCUCGUGAACAAAUCCGUAAGUCAACUGAAGAUUGCAAUGCGGAUGCUCUUAGUCUACCCUCGGCGCUUGAUGACACAUUUGAUGGUGAAGAUAGUGACGCAGACAUGGAUUCUGUUUGUAUGAUCGUUAACAGAUCAGACCAACAGACCCAGGAGUCCUUGCUACAGAGUCACUUAAAGAUUCUACGGUGUGUCUACAGUAAUGAGAUAUCAAGAGGGCUGGCCGUCCUCUACAAACAAAGCGCACUUGAACAAGGAUGCAGCUAAUAUUGCAGCUUUUAAAAAUAUUCAAGACUCACUCUCCGUGGUGACAAACUGUCUAUUUUAUGGUUCAAGAAUUGUGGUACCAAAAAUACUACAAGCUCAAGUUCUCCAAAUCCUGCAUACAGGACAUUUUGGAACCGAGCGGAUUAAACAGUUAGCAAGAUCAUCUGUAUAUUGGUCCAGACUUGAUGCUCAAAUCAUGGAGAUAGUUCGAACAUGCCAAGCAUGUGCAGAACACGCCAGAGACCCAAACAAAGCAAAUAUCCACCCAUGGAUGUUGCCAGAAAAACCAUGGAGUCGAGUACACAUCGACCAUGCCAUUAACUUAAAGGGAUCACAUUGGUUGGUUAUGAUAGAUGCCUAUUCAAAGUAUCAAGAGUAUCCACAGGACAACAUCUACGUCAACCAAAGCCACCAUUGAUCUUCUUGAGGAAGAUUUUGCUAAUUUCGGCUAUCCACACCAUAGUCAGUGACAAUGCUACUAGCUUCAUCUCGGAAGAAUUUCAGCAUUGGUGUAAAGAGAGGGGUAUUGUACAUCUCGCAGGCGCUCCCUAUUAUCCUGCUACGAAUGGAGCGGCCGAACGACUGAUUCAAAAUUUCAAGAGUUCAAUAAAGAAAUCCCCCUUACCUUAAAGGAAUCUCUACAAGACUUUCUGCAUCAUUAUCGUAGGACACCAUUGGCAAGUGGAUUAUCACCUAGCCAACUGCUGAAAAAUCGGCAAAUAAGAACACUUGUUGAUACUCUAGUUGCCUCUCCUGCUCAUCGAGCACAAGGACAACAUCUUAAAGAAAUAGCUGUCAGCAAUGGGACAAAUAAAAAUCCUAGUCGAUCAUUUAACCGGGGAGAUCCAUGUUACGUCAGAGUAUAUGGAACAGCAACAGACUCUUAAACCACGAUGGACUCCCGGUACAAUCAUCCAAGUUAUGGGUCCACGUCUUUUUAAGUUGAAGAUUUAUCCAAAUGGUCCCACAUGGAAGAGACUUUUAGACCAACUUCGCCCCAGGUAUGGAGCGGAAGAAGAUUCAGAACGAAGUUUGGAUAUAUUGACAGGAAGUCUUUAUCCAACAGCUCAGGAAGCCCUGAGUCAUCAACCGUCUACACAUCCAGUUACUCCAAGUUCACCUAAGAAGAUUAACCCUCGUCAGCCAAGACCUUCAGACUAUGUCAUACCCAGGAGAUCUCAAAGACAACCUCGAGCACCAUUGUUACUGGACUUGUAAUUGUUCGGGGAGGUGUUAUGGUGGACUAGCAGACUGGACCGUCCCGAUAGCCAGCCAGGUGAAACAGCGUACAUGCGCAGAGACACUGUAGUGAGAGUGUGUGUUUAUGAACCAUGUUCCGGACACAAGCAGAAAGUCAACACUGAGGGCUUGUAUUUAUGUAUAUAUAUGUUUAUGAUACUUGUUUGAAAUAAAAACAUUGAAAACAUAAUUUUAUUUUCAUUUUUUUUUUUUUUUGCAUAAGAAUAUUUUAUUAUAUAGUUCAUAUUGUAUUUAAAAUUAUCAUACUCUUUAUACAUAUUUUUUACAGGUUUAUAAUGCUCAGGAAGUAUGUGAUAACUCUCUUCAGCUGGUGAAAGGUACACAAUGUGCAGCAAUUUUAGGUAUGUCAUUAAGAAAAAAUCAUUUCUUGCUCUUAUUAUUUCAAGUUCAUUAUUGUCUUUAGUGCUUAAAAAUGCCUCUAAUUGAAGAUUAGUUCACAAAAUUUUGUUUUUUUAAAAUAAAAAAAUAUAGGCAAAAUUGAAACAUUGAUCCUUAACUUAAAAAAAUAUAGCGAUUGUAUGUUAACAAUUUCAGACUCCUCAAGGAUUAUUUUGGGUACAGAUGAAGGUCUUUAUGUAGUAGAAUUGAGCAGAGAUCGUAAGUAGUUUUUUUCUUUGUCAGUCACUAAUAAAAUAAAAAUUGACAUUUUAAUCUUUUGUAUCAAUUUUAACUAUAUUUUAUUCAAUUUACUUGAAAUAAUUGGUUGCUCAAAAUUGAUUUAUUCUUUAAAAAUUUUUGUAAUGUUUUUUGCCAUUUGUUUGCCGAAAACCUUAAGGUUAAAGUUAUUAUAAAUUUAAUGUUGCAAAUGGUCAAUUGCAUUUAUUUUAAAGUGCUGAAACAAAGAGUAACAAGAAAAAUGCUUACUCUUUUCAUUAUAAUUUAUAAUACUAUUUGGUAAAACAAUUUCAUUUUUUUGCUCCAUGAACAGAAGUUAUACGAAUAGCGAGCAGAACAGAAAAAAAACAGGUUUAUCAAAUAGAAUUGGUGCUGGAGCAAGGGUUAGGGCUGCUAGCUUAUAUUAGUGGUAAGUUUCUUAUAGUUGAAUAUUUUAUAUGCCACAUUAAAAGUAUUUUGUAUUCAUCCUAAUUAAAAACAAAUUAAACAAAUGGAACCAGCUCCCCUUCCACAUUCGUCAUUGUUAAACCUCAUCCACUUUCAAAAAGUCCCUUAAAACCCAUAUGUUUAGGUCCGCUUAUGACCUGUGAUGCACCCUCCUUGCCCUGCCUCAUUUUCUGUCUCGGGAUGAUCCUGUAUUUGUUUUUUUUUUUCAAAGUAUAUGCCAAAACGUGCCAAAGUGUACUUGUUUUUAUAGCCAUUGUAAUAUUUAAGCUACUGUUUUUAUAGUCAUUUUUCACAUUGUAGUUACUAUUCUAGUGUCUCUGGUUUUUCAUUUUUCUUUUACUUUAGCAGUUUAAAUAGUUUACAUAUUUUUAAUAAUUGUAAAGCGCUUAGAGCUGUAAGGUAAGCUCUAUACAAAAAUGCCUAAAUAAUAAUAAUUAACAUUCUAAUAUAUUAUGCUGUUUUACCAUAUACAUUAUAACUUGGCAUUGCUCACUAUUACUCAAGGCGAGAACACUAUAAAUAUUUAUUUACGAGUGUUUACAUUAUUUUUGUUUGCAGUUCAAAUAUGUCAUUCAUAAGUAUAAUUAAUAGAACUUUUGUUAAAUGUAUGUAGGACCUAAUGAAAGGAUUUAAACUUAACGUUUAUUGCUCUAAGGGACAAUGCAUGUUCUCUCAUAAUACAUAAUAUUUCUAUUUCUUGCAUGUUGUAGGUAAACAAAAACAUUUGAAAUUGUUAAAUCAAUCUGCCCUGGAAGGACAUGAAAUGGAGCCUAUUAAAAUCAAUGAAACUAAAGGCUGCCACUUAUUUUGUCAUGGAGAGAUAAGGCAGCCCCAAGGUGGCAGUUCCUGUUGUCUGUCUGUUGCCAUAAAGCGUACAGUGCAAGUGUAUGAAAUAAAUAAAACUAGACAGAAAUAUCGCAAAAUGAAAGACAUCCAGGUAUACAUAACAUGUUAAUAAAAAUAAUUUGAAUUUGAUGGUCACUAUAUGAAUUUUUCCACUUAAGGAAUCAAUUUAAACUUCUAGGCAUAUUUAGUUAUGAAGUUGGUUUAUAAAUAAGAAAGUUAAUAAUUAUCAAAAUUAUAUUGAAUUAAAUUAAUAAGUUUCACAAUUCAUAGCUGGUAGAAACCUAUCCUGUAAUAAAUGAUUUUAAAAUGUUUCUGUGAAUUGAAGAAUGUAACCCUUUAUUAUCAACCUGUAAAUACAAAAUACAGUAAAACACAAUUAUAUCUUUCCCUGACAAAAUUCAAGAAAAAUUUUUGUUGGCAAAAAUAGUGAAUUGUAUUAUUGACGAAUAGUACGCUUUUUUUAAACGACCCUUUUAUAACAUAGUUUCUACUUUCUGGAUUUAUGCUGGCAGUUAUAAUUUGAUUAUAAGACUACAGACAUUUUUGCAUAUACAGCUGUUUUUAAAAAUGUUAGGGAAAAGUAAAGUUAACUAGUUAAAGUUAACCACUUCUUAAAUACAUGUCAGGCUGGAUGUGAGUUGCCACAAAUCAUAACAAAUCAGAAACUGAGCAUGCCAUUAAUUGAAAAAAAGACUGCUUGUCUUCUUAAUCAAAAUAUGUUUGCUGUCUCACUUCAAAAAUAUUUCAUCCCAUCAGGUUCCUGGUCAAGUUGAUUGUAUAGAGAUGAUGAGUGACAGACUCUGUGUAGGUUACCCGUCAAGCUUUGCAAUCUAUAGUGUGCAAGGAGACGCUGCCCCAAUGAGUAAGCUGAUGGCUGUUUAUACUGAUUAAAGACUAAAUGUGCACCAUAAAUGGGUUUAAAAAAGGAAACUUUAAUUGUUACGAAACAAGUUACACAAGUUUUAAAUAAUAAUCUAUAUGCCAUUGUUAUUUCAGCAUUAGUCAACAUAGAAGAUAACAGUUUAGGAUUCUUGGUUCAAAACCCCAUUAGUGCCAUGUUAGCUGUACAGAUGUCUGAAGCUGAAUAUUUCCUGGCAUUUAACAGUAAGCAUUAUUUUCUCCUGUCUUAUUUAAAAAAAUGCCCUAAAAUAGAUCUUGCUGUGCUUAUCACUUGUUAAUACUUAAGCCCUCUUGAUUAAGAUUAUGAAAUUUGAUUCAAAUUGAACAAUGACCAUCUCUCUUUAUAUUCUUUCAGUUGUUGGUAUUUAUGUUGAUAACAAAGGUAAUCGCAGCAGAGCACAGGAAAUUUUGUGGCCUGCACAACCUUUAUAUGUCAGUAAGUAACCCCUAGCCAUACUUUUUAUAAUAGUGCUAUUUAAAAUUUUUUCACAAAGAAACAAAUCAUUAAUGUAUUGCUCUUCAUGGUUUAAUGAACUACUUUUAGAAGUUUACAGUUUCCCCCUAACAGGGCAGUCACCAUUUAAAUGUACUGUUGUAGUCACCAUUUAAAUGUAACGGUGCAGUAACCAUUUAAAUGUAGCAAGGCAUUACCAUUUAAAUGUAAUGGUAGAGUAACUAUUUAAAUAUAACGGUAUCGGGACACUUCCAAAAAUUUUUCAAUAUUUAAUUUAUUUAUGAUAUGAUACUUCAUAUUUAUUCUGUUGUUGCCUUUCUAUAGAAAUUUCAAUGUGUUUAGUUUGAAUCUUGUGUUGGGGUAACUGUUAGUAUAAGUAAAAAUGUUUUUCUUUCUGCCAGGCUACUCUCACCCUUAUCUCACGUGCCACACAGAGAAUUCCAUUUUCAUUUUUGACAUUUUCAAUUGUGAGUGGAUGCAAACUCUCUGCUUAAAAAAGGUACUGAAAGCAAUACAAAAUUUUAGUUUUAAAGAUAUUUAAUGUUAAAUUAAUGCAUGUAACAGGGAAAACCCAAAAUAGCUUUUCGUAAUUAUACCUAUAAGUUAGGGUUUAGGGGUCAUUCAUAUAUUAGGCAAGAACAAUAAGAUAUUACACAUUAUAUUUACAUAACCUCCACCUCUUUUUUCCCUACACAUUUUUACACAAACAUGUAUUGUUCCACUAUUUAUUUAAUUUACACAGCUUUUAUUCGGUUCCUCUUGUUGUCCCCUAGAACACUAUUUAUGAAUUUUAAGUAUAUAUAUAAAGAAAUUUAUAUGUAUUAAUUAGAGUCUAAAAUUUUUAUUGUAAAAAUAUUGCGCUUGAUUCAGUAGUAUUUGUAUUAAUGCAGCUAUUUUGGAAAAUUUUUAAAUUUCAACAAAACUUUCAUUUCGUGUUAAAUAAUUCAAGCUUUGUAAAAAAAAAAUAACUCAAAUUUUAUAAUGAAUUCAAAAAAUAAAAGUGAUUACUUACUAUUUUCAUUAUUACCCCCAUAAUGCAACAUUUACAUGAGUGUGACCAACACCAUUAUUUAAAUUUGACUUUAACUCACACAGCCACAUAUUUUUCGACUCUUUGUCAACAUUGGUGCUGUGGUACUUCAGAAUGCUCGUAAUUCUUGCUAAAUUACACAUUUUUCUAGACCUACACUUAGGGCGAACUCUCCCAUACGAGCCCAUGCCCCUCUCCCCUUUUCUGACCCUUCAGUGGGUACAAAUAUAUGGAUGACCCUAACUCACGCUGCACAAAAAAAGCACAUUUUUAUAGAAAAUUCUUUUUAUUCUUAUAGACAAAGCCCUUGAACAAAGAUGGGUCGCUGUGUAUUUUAAAUGCAACAGACUCUCAGCACAUAGUCUACCUUAAAAAUGUUGAAGAGGGUGAGUAUAGUUUACUGUUUUCUUUUCAUUUUGUUGUCAUAAACUACACUACUCCAAUGAUCUGCUCUUUAAAGCAGUUGCAAAACAUAAAUCUUUAAAUGAUUUAAAAGGUCUAAACAUCGGAGCUUUUCUGAAUUUCUGUUAUUCUAAUAGCAAUCAUACAUAAUUUAAUACAUCAAUCAGUCAGGCCCUUAAUUUAAAUUUAGUGCAAAUAAAAAUACAGCUAGUACUCGACUUAGAACCACGAUCAGUUCUGACAAACCGGUCGUAGGACAAUUUGGUCGUAAGUUGAGUACGCUAUGUUUAAAGUAAUCUGAAGUGUUGUUAUAAAAUAUUUAAGUUAAAUUAUACCAUACAUUUUUUAUUAUUGUUUAAAAUCAUUUGUAUCAUCUCUACUCCAUUUUGUUUCUUAUUCUGAAAUAAAUCUGACAUUUAAUAUGGCUAGUGAUUGUGGUAGUAAAGUCGAAUGAUUGUGAGUUGCAUAGGUCGUACGUCGAGCACUAGCAGUAGUUCAAACCAAUUGUUACUGCGGGGAUAAUGAAUUUUGGGAUGAUAGUACUGAAACAUAAAAUAUGCUGUAAUGUUAUUAUGUAACUAGAAUACAUGACCCUAUGUUAUCAGGUUAAUAGUGGUAGGUCAUUUGUGAUACUUUCUGCCUGCUAUUGCAAAAACUCAUCACAGUUCCUAACUUUAAAAAGAAUUAUUUAUGUAAAGAUAUUUAUGUUUCUAACAUCAUAAAGUUUUGAAAAAUAUUUAUCUGCUUUAUAUUAUACACCUACCCCUACUCCCUUGCACGCCUCUAAACUAAUUUCCCUCUAAACACGAUCUUAAAUUACCCAAUCUAAAUUAUCACUAAUUAUAUCACUUUUGUCACUAAAGAAGUUAGUUGAAGGACGAUUUCUACGCUAGAGAAAUACUUUUAAGAUUUACCCCUUUUUGUGCCCUUGAACUACAACUUUUUUUCUCUAAAAAUUGUUAAAAAACAUAAUCUUAAAUUUACAACAAAAAAUUAAAUGAAUUUGAUAUAUUGAUAUCUUCAUCAAAAAUUUAAACACUCUUUUGUCUUGUUUGUUUAAUUAUGCAUUAUCAGAAAGAAGAAUCUCGCAACAGUUUUUCACGUCUAUAACAGACUUCUUUUUUUUUUUAAAUACAAAAAAAAAAAUUGUUAGUCUCAUAAAAAUACACACCCACUUUACUUUUCGCAAAGUAAAAACAAAAUGUAUAUUUUAUUUUUUUUGAAAGAAAAUAUAAACCCAUCUCCAUUUUUCAAAAUUUAAUUUUCAAGUGUGUAAAAGGAUUGGUUUUUGACAGUCAUAGGUAUACUUAUAUAAAUGAACCCACAUUUCGUUAUCACCAUUGAUUUUCUUAAUUGGUAAACAUAUGUUUAUUUGUAAAAAGAGAAUGUAACAUCUCUUUUUUCACAAAUGCAAUACCAUAGGAUUUAAAUAUAUUGUCAUCCACGUAAAAAUGUACACAUCCUAUUUCCUACCUCCGAUAUGUAUGUACCCAAAAAGGAUUAUUUAUCAAAUUGAUUCCUUUAUUUUGAGACGUAUCUUGUGCUGCCUGGGGCAAAAUGACCAACCCCCCCCCCCGAUUUAAAUAUAAAUUAACCAAAUCUUCCACUGGAUUUUAGUUUCUUCCAUACCCAAACUAACAUAUUUUGCACUUUGUUUGUUCUUGUUUGGAUGAGUUAUAAGUGGAUUAGUGAAUGCUAUUUUGCUAUAGCUGGUAUUAAAUGGCAAGAAAAAGUGACUAAUAGUGAGGUCCUAAUGCGUGCAAAUACCCAAAGCAUGUUCACAAUCCUUAGUGAAAGACGCCUGAGGUGGCUAGGUCAUGUUAAAAGAAUGAGUCCCGGCCGCAUUCCGAAAGACCUCCAAUAUGGUGAACUUGAUUCAGGAAAGAGGAAAACAGGUCACCCACGUCUGCGAUUUAAAGAUGUCUGUCAAAGGGACAUGAAAGCAGCCAAAAUACAUACAAGUGACUGGGAGUGUAAGGCAAAAGACCGAUCUACGUGGCGCACAGUUGUCAAACUCCCGCAGUACCAUCGGCUCCUCCGAAGAAUGGAAGAGGCUGCAGACAGAAGAGCUAGGAGAAAGGCCAAAACAUUUAGAAGCACGGAACUCGUGUGUAAAAACUGUGGUAAAGACUGUCACUCAAGGAUAGGACUGCACAGCCACUCGAGAAAAUGCAACCCAACCAAACGGUGAUGCACCAUCGUCUGGUGAUGCACCAUCAUCUCACAAGACGGAAGGAUGCCGAUUUUGCUAUAGAGUUUCGCUGCACUGAUUGACUUAAACACCAUUUUCUUAUUAGAUACAUAUUUAAAGGUUUUUAUUACGCUAUAUAGCUAAUAAAAGCAUAUUUUUUUGGAAUUAAAAAAAGUAAAAACUUAUAAUGUUAAAAAUACAAAGCUAAAAUUUGUGUGUGUUUAAUUUAAGAUUUAAAAAGUUAUCAAUUAUAUUUAUUAAUUUUACUUUUAAGAAAGGGGAAAUACAUUAUCAGUUUUGUAUCAGUUUUCUAAGAAACUUAAGAGUUUAGGCUAACAUAGGCAGUGUGUCCUUUGCAUGCUUAUUUAGAAAAAAAUAAUGUAAUUUUAUUUUGCAAUAUUAACAAUGCACUAAAAACUGAUGUUUGGGUUUUCCCCGAUAAAUGUGAUUAGGGUGUAAUUUUUGAUCAUCAUUUUUUAUUUAAUUUUUUAUCUCUUAACUUUCAAACAAGAUAGUUCCUUAAUUGUUACUCUAAAUUUAUUUGUAAUUUAUUAAAAUACUUAAACUUUUACUAAAAUAAAAGCGGAUGUAUAAUAUUUUUUGUACAUUUAAAUUUAUUUGAUUUCCGUAUAAUAAUAUAAAAUAGCAAUGAUCGUUUUUAAGAAUCCGAACGUUUUUAAAUCUUUUGGGUUCUUUGGCAUUACGGUCGGCCUAGCUCAUUCUUAUAUAUUUAUUACCUAAUCUUAAAAAUACCACGCCUAUUUUUUAAGGACAUGAUUAUGUAAGGCAUAUAAACUGUUUUAUUUAAGUGGAAGUCAUAAUUUCCUGUUACAAUGAGACUCAUUUAAUUUGAAUGACAACAAAAAUAAAAACCAAAAACUAAAUUAAAUCGUAAAAUUUUUUAAAUUUAUUAAAUUCUAAAAAAAAUUGUUUCCUUAUUUUCACUGUAAAAUAACUUGAUAAUCAUAAAUAAUUUGAUAAAUAUUGAGCCAUAAAGAGAAUUAUUUACCAUGAUCAUCAAAAUUGAUUGUUUUAUAAGCUAUUUUAAGCUCAUUUACCCCAUAUUUUUAAUGAAUAAGUUUCAGACAAAAAUAGUACAAUGUUUGCGAAAGAUAUUUGUUAAUCAUUCGCUAGUUUCUCUAAAAAAUCAGAACAAAGUAUCCAAUUUUAGUACUGCCUUUUUUCAUCAUGUUUUCUAUUUUGAGAUUUUUACUUUUUGUGUAAGAAAUUUAUCAAUGUACAAUGUAUAUAUUAAAAGACUUUUUAAAUUUAGCAAAAAAACAGGAAUUCACUAUCUUACAUACAAAUUUAGACACUUUUAAAUUGAAACAUCCCUUCUGUAUUUUAUUUUAAUUUUUCUGCCCUCAUUUUAAAUUGAGUUUGAACUAGAUCCCAGGACAGAUAUGAUCAAAUUUUUUAAUUUUGAAACUAAAUAUUAAAAGAAAACGUUUCAGGAACAUGUAAACUGUGCAAAUUUUUUCACUAGUAAGUUUUCUCUAAAAAUUUUUGUUCCAUUUCUUCUUAGUGAAGCUAAAGGAAAUAAAUAUUGGCCUCUUUUUAAAAAAACGAUUUUUACUUUUCUGUAAGAAAUUUAUCUGUGAACAUAGUCUUUUUGAGAUUAAUAUUCAAAAUUUAGACAAGUAUAUAAUUUCAAAUUUAGCUUGAAAUUAAUGCAGAAAACUAAAAAUCAAGAUAUUGUAAGAAAUAAUAUUUUAAAGUAGUUCUAAGUUAAAUAACUUCUGAUAAAUACAUCCAUUGCUAUAUCUUAAAAGUCUUUAUAUUUAUUUAAAUCUGAAAGUUCAAGAGUUGUGACAAACUUUUUUAUAAAGAUUAAGGACUGAUGAGACCAUUUACAAUGAUAAAUGUGAUUAUAUCAAAGGCUAUUCUGAGCUCUUUUCCUUUGAAGUGUGAAGAAUUUGUGCAUAUUUUAGGAAAUGAAGCUUUAGUUGUUUUUUUUAAUGUGGCCAUAAAGUUUUUAAAGUGUUCAAGGAUAAUUUGAUAAAAUUUCUAACCCAGAUAUUGAGCGAUGAGUAGAUUAUUUUACAUUGAUCAAAUAUGAUUGUUUUAUACGCUAUUGUGAGCUCUUCAUCAUAUAUUUUUAAGUAUGGGUGAUUUCAAUACAAUGAACAAGUUUCAUUUUAUAAUCUCCAAAUUUCAUUAGAAAAAUGUCAAAUUCACUAUUCACCAAUGUGGAUUUUAUUUAGACACAUAAUUUUAAAGAAAUACAUCUAAGGAGUUUAUCCGAACCUUGGGCCUAUUUAAAAUUCAAAUUCCAAAUAUCAAUCUUUAAAUAAUAUUUGUCAUAUGAUGGUAAUAUUUCAUGUUCAGCUAAUGAAUUGAGGAGCAAGCAAAAAUAAACAUGGAUCUGUAAGAAAAAAAAUUGAGGGAGUCUCAUUUUUCAGCGAUUAAAGAUGAAGUGAUAACAAAUUGCUUAUCUAGAUAUAGAGCAAUGAGGAGAAUAUUGUACAGUGACCAAACGUGAUUGUUUUAUAUGUUGUUCUGAGCUCGUUGUAAGUUUCAGACAAAAAUGAUACAGAAUUACUUUUCUCCAAAUUUCAGUACAAAAAAAUUCAAAUUCUAUUUUUUGGUCUUGAUUGGCUGAAGGACACAAAUAUGUUGUUCUUUUUUUUAGAUUUUUACCUUUUCUGUAAGAACUUUUCAAUAGACAUUUUCCAAACACAGGUUUAACAUUUUAUCAUAUAAAAUUACAAAGAACAAGUUUCAGUUAUAAAUAUAUGAACAUAUGAUCUCAAUUUGUUUUUAAAUGAGUAGUGAACUUCUGAAAAAUAAACCUUUUUCCUAUAUCUGAAAAGUAUAGUUCAUAUCUAAAAGAUGAAACACAUUGUGUGAAAUUUAUUUUAAAUAAAACUAGAUUAUAUACAAUAUUGUUCUAUACGGUAUUCUGAUCUCUAUUCCUAUUAUUUGAGUGUACAGAAUAAAUGUUUCUUAAAAAAAUGAAUGAGUCCCAAAACUUAAGCAUAUUGUUUUGGUGCUAGCAAGUUUAAAUGAUAAUUUAUUUAAGAUUUGUUUGUUUUACUAUAAUACAAAUGUUUUGGGACAAUUCUUUAUUCAACUAAAUUGUCAUUAUACAGCUUGCGUUCUUGAUUAAGCAACUUCAUUUUCAAUAAGAACUUCAUCAAAGCAGUUGUUCCAAGUUGACAGUUAAACAUGCUUUUGUUAAACAUUCCAGUUUGUUAGAAAAAAAAUUAUAAAGUUUAAUUUGAACCGUAACAUUAAAUAUGUAGUGAAAGUUAAAAAAAACCAACUCAUAAAUAUUGAGCAAUGAGGAAAAUAUUUACAAUGAUAAAAAAUGAUUAUUUCAUACGCUAUUCUGAGCUCUUUACUGAAUAUUUUUAAUUUUAAUCACUCUAAAACAACAAAACAAUUCAGAUAUUAUUACAAUCUUGGUUAUCAAGUUUUCUCCAAACUUAGAAUUUCAAAAUGUCAAAUAUUUGUACUUUUUCUUCUUAGUGAGGUAAGGUCAUAAAUAUACUGUACUGUUAAGGUCUUCAACCAGUUUCUUUAAGAAAUUUACCCAUUGACUUAUACAGGAAAUAUCUAAGAUUAAAAAUUCAAAUAAACUAUCUGUCAUGUGAUCCAGGCAUUUCAAACUCACCUUAAAAUUAAAGACAGAAAAUGAAAAUAAAAUAGGAUGUUGUAAGUAAAAUUGUUUAAAAGUAGUGAUGGAACUUCUGAUAAAUACAUUUAUUGCAAUAUCUAAAAAGUCUUAAAUAUUUAUGUGAAUCUAAAUGUUCAAAUGUGACAAAUUUUAUUUAAAAAAGACUGAGAACAAUGAGGAGAAUAUUUAUAAUGAUAAAAUGUGAUUGUUUUCUACGCUAUUCUGAGCUCUUUUGCUAUUGUUUUAAUUAUGAACAAUUUGAAUCCUUUUUUAAAAUGAAACAGUCAUAAAGACUACUAAAUAAUUUUGGUGUGACUGAGCACUGUGCAUUUCCUCUUAAUGUUUGGUUUUAAUGUAGCUACAAAAUUUGUAAGGACAACACUAUUUCUGUCAUAACUAAUGCAUUUUUUUAUUUAGUCACCCGUUUAAUUAAAUUUACAUCUGAUUAAUAAACAUUCCAGUUUCGUAGUAAAAACAUUUAAGGGUAAGUCUAAAUCUUAGUGUUUCAAGAUGAAGGGAUAAAAUUUAUAAUCCAGGCAUUGACAGAAGAUAAUAUAUACAUUGAUCAAACACAAUUUUUUAUACGCUGCUCUGGGCUCUUUACCCCAUAUGUUUAAGAUGUUAAAUAUUUUAGGAUUUAAAUUUGAACCAUAACAUUAAGUAUCUAGGGAAAACAUUGAUUUCCAGAUAUUGAGCAAUGAGGAAAAUAUUUACUUUCAUUGAUCAGAUGUGAUUGUUUUAUACGCUAUUCUGAGCUCUUUACCAAAUGUUUUUAAGUGUUAUGAUUGUAAUUCAAUGGUCAAGUUUCAGAUGAAAGUCUCCAAAUUUGAGUGCAAAAAAAAAAUCAAAUUUCAGUACUAGGUCUUGAUGAGUCAGUGAUACAUUUGUUCAUACAUUUGUGGUUUUUCAUUUUUUCCAUUUUAGAUAUUAAUUUUUUUAUGUUAAAAAUUGUUCAAUGUAGACUACAUCCUUUUUUGUAUGUUGCUGUUCAGAAUAAAAAUUCAAGCAUUUUAUAUUCAUCAUGUGAUCCAGACAUUCUAAAUGUACAAUUAGUGCAGAAAAUAAAAACAAAGUCAAAAUUGGGUUAUAAAUAAGAAAAACGUUCUCAAUUUGUAUUUUCAGCAAAAGUGAACUUCUGAACAAUAGAAUUUCUUGCUAUAUUUGAAAAGUCUUUGCUUUAGAUCUUGACCAGUGGUUCUCAACCUUUUUAACGCCUCGACCCUUUAAUACAGUUCCUCAUGUUGUAGCGACCCCCUGGCAGAAAAUUAUUUUGGUUGCUACUUCAUAACUGUAGAGUAUAUCGGUUUUCAGAUGAUCUUAGGUGAACCAUGGGAAAGGGUCGUUCGACCCCCAUAGGGGUCGCGACCCACAGGUUGAGAACCGCUGAUCUAGACGAUCAAACAUGUGCAACAUUUAUUUUAAAUAAUGAGCAAUGAGGAGAAUAUAGACAAUGAUAAAAUGUGAUUAUUUUUUUACGCUAUUCUGAGCUCUGUUCCUACUAAUUAAGUGUGUAGAAUAAAUAAUUGAUAAAAUGAAUGGGUCCUUGAAAAGAAAUAAGCAUAUUGUUUUGGUACUGAUAACUAAUAAUGGGUUUAAAUGAUUAUUUACUCUUGUAAAGCUUUUGAACUACCGUGGUAAAAGUUAUAGGAUGAAGCUUUAUACAAUCAGAUUGACAAGAAAAUGUGUGCUUGAUUUAGGCAUUUGGUUUUUACAAAGAAAAUGAUUAAGGGAAAGUGCCUAGAUGGCAGCACAUUGAAAUUACUUUUUAUGUAACGUUCCAAUUUGUUUGAAAAAAUGUUUAAAAUUUAAAUUUGAACCAUAACAUAAAGUAUCUAGUGAAAACAUAUUUCCAGAUAUUGAGCAAUGAGGAGAAUAUUUACUUUCAUUGAUCUGAUGUGAUUGUUUGAUACGCUAUUCUGAGCUCUUCACCAAAUGUUUUUAAGUGUUGCGAUUGUAAUUCAAUGGUCAAGUUUCAGAUGAAAGUCCCCAAAUUUGAGUGCAAAAAAAAUUUCAAAUUUUAGUACUAGGACUUGAUGAGUCAGUGAUAAAAGACAUACAUUUGUUCAUACAUUUGUGGUUUUUCAUUUUUUCCUUUUUAGAUAUUAAUUUUUUAUGUUAAAAAUUGUUCAAUGUAGACUACAUCAUUUUUUGUAUGUUGCUGUUCAGAAUAAAAAUUCAAGCAUUUUAUAUUCAUCAUGUGAUCCAGACAUUCUAAAUGUACAAUUAGUGCAGAAAAUAAAAACAAAGUCAAAAUUGGGUUAUAAAUAAGAAAAACGUUCUCAAUUUGUAUUUUCAGCAAAAGUGAACUUCUGAACAAUAGAAUUUCUUGCUAUAUUUGAAAAGUCUUUGCUUUAGAUCUUGACCAGUGGUUCUCAACCUUUUUAACGCCUCGACCCUUUAAUACAGUUCCUCAUGUUGUAGCGACCCCCUGGCAGAAAAUUAUUUUGGUUGCUACUUCAUAACUGUAGAGUAUAUCGGUUUUCAGAUGAUCUUAGGUGAACCAUGGGAAAGGGUCGUUCGACCCCCAUAGGGGUCGCGACCCACAGGUUGAGAACCGCUGAUCUAGACGAUCAAACAUGUGCAACAUUUAUUUUAAAUAAUGAGCAAUGAGGAGAAUAUAGACAAUGAUAAAAUGUGAUUAUUUUUUUACGCUAUUCUGAGCUCUGUUCCUACUAAUUAAGUGUGUAGAAUAAAUAAUUGAUAAAAUGAAUGGGUCCUUGAAAAGAAAUAAGCAUAUUGUUUUGGUACUGAUAACUUGACUAGGACUUGAUGAGUCAGUGAUAAAAUUAUUACUCUUGUAAAGCUUUUGAACUACGGUGGUAAAAGUUAUAGGAUGAGGCUGCAAUAAUUGAUAAAAGAAUGGGUCCGUGAAAAUACUUAAUACUAAACAUUCCAAUUUAUUUUUAAAAAUGUUAAAGAUUUAAAUUUGAACCAUAACAUUAAAUAUCUGGAAAAAACAUUUAUAUCCAGAUAUUGUUCAAUGAGAAGAAUAUUUACUUUCAUUGAUAAAACAUGAUUGUUUUAUACGCUAUUUUGAGCUCUUUACCAAAUGUUUUUAAGUGUGAUGAUUUUAAUACUACUAUGAAACAUUUCAGACAAUAUUAUAUUUGUAAAAGCUUGUUAAAUUAUUCAUUAGCAUGAGUUUCAAAAAAUUUUUAAGAGAAAUAUGGCAGGGUUGCAUUCAGGUUGAAGCAAAUAGAAAUAUGCACAGUUUAGAGGACAAACGGAAUAAGGAAAUACAAGAGAGUGGACGUUUCGGCCAAGAAUCCUUUGAGUGCAAAAAUACAGAGGCCGACAAACUCUGCUUUUUUAAUACAAUCAGUUACAGAAGUGUGCCAUGAAAUUAUAGAAUUUGUGUGUGAGAAUACCAGGAAACGUAAAAGAUUUUAAAUAUAUAAAAUUAAAACUGGCGUACAUAUGUAUUUAAACAUUCUUUUUCUAAUAAAUGUUCAAAAAUGUUGAUCCAAAUUUUAAUUUAAAGAUUGAACAAUUAGGAGAAUAUUUACAAUGAUAAAAUGUGAUUGUUUAAACGGUUUUCUGAGCUUUUUACCAAAAAUAUUUUAAUGUGAUUAUUUUAGUACAAUGAAUAAAUUUAUGACUAAAUUAUGUACAUUUUUUGUGAAAGACAUUUAAUUCACUUAUGAGCACAUUUUUUUUUCAACUAUCCUUCUGAUACUAGCUUGACACACCUUUGUUUAAAUUGUGACUUUAAGUCAUAGAAUCCAACCUAAACAUGCCCAUCCUCUUUUUAAAAUUGAGUAAUUGAAAUUUAAUUCACAAAAUAAGUUAAGUCUUUGUUUUUAUCCAACUGUUCUCUACAAUGCCUGUUUGAAGUAUUUAGAUUCCUGUGACAUGAAAACAUUAAUCUUACUGUUUUCCUAGCUUAAAAUCUGAGUAUGUUUGAAAUUUGCAGAAAAUCAUAACAGUUUUUGUUAUUUUUUUGUGCAGAAGAAGACAAGCUAACUGUGAUGGAUAUUUUCAAACAGAAGAGCAGCCGAAACAAGCGAAGGUUUUCUUUCAAAACGAAUGAAGACAGAUCCAGUAAAGGGUAAGUCAGUCCUUCCUAGUGAAUUUUUUAAUAUAAUGUUAUAUUUUUUACAUCUUAUUUUAAACCCCUCUAUUUUAAAAUAUUUAAAAUAUUUUUCUUGUAUUUCUAAAUCACUGCUGUCAUAUUCUGAAAGAACACAUCUUCUUUUCAAAAAAAUGUUUGUACAAUUUAAAAUCCAAACAGCUCAUUUUUAUUAUGAACAUAUGUGACAAAGUGACUGAUUUAUAAAAUAUUUUUAAGUAUAAUCCUACAGUUAAAAUUAUGCUUAGAAUUAAGUUAUAUAGAUCUAAUCCUUUCCAAAAUUGUCCGUGCUUUUAGACACUUGGACUGUGGACACAUUUCUCUCUUUAUGACUUGAAAAAAACAACAAUUUUAUAUCAGUUUGAUAUUAUCAGUUACACUUAUAAUGUUUUAUAACCUGUUGUUUGAAAACUGGAAAUUUUUUAAUUGGGUUAAAAAAAAUAUUUCAAACUGAAAUAAAUUAGGAUAAGAUUAUUCAAAAGAAAGAUUUCGUCUUUCAAGCUAUGGAUCUAAUUUGUACAAAACAUAAUCUUAAUUUCAUAGAAAAUCUUCAUUCAAUAAUUUAAUAAUUAUGCAUAUCCAUUCAUUCAUUCACUCACACCCACACAGACAGCUCAGCAUAUAAAGUAACUGCAAAGAAUUUCAAAAACAUUUCACCCAUUAAAUAAUAAUUUCUUUUAACUUUCAUUGCUUAAGAGUUUAUUUUGAAGCAAAUUAUUAAGGAUUCAUGAUUCAUUUUCUAAAAUGUACCUACAUUUCUUCUAUUAGUGAGGUUACGUCAUAAAUAUGCUGUUCUAUUUUAGGUUUUUAUACUUUUUCUGUAAGAAAUUUAUCCAUGGACUUAUGUCUGACGCAAGGUCUUUAAAUAUUUAAGAUAAAAUUUUAAAUAAAUUUUUGUAGCUGUCUAUGAUCCAGACAUUUCUAACUCAUUAUAAAAUCCGGAUGUUGUAAAAAAAAAUUACUUAGGCCUACUAAUAUUUCUAGAAAACACAUUUUACACAAUUGGUAAAUUACCUUACUUAGGGUAGUUUCUAAAUAAUCAUAUUUAUGGCUAAUUGUCCAUAAAAGCAUGAGUAAACUGGGCAUGUAACAAUAGACGCAGAGAAAUUGUUAAGGAAAACUAAAGUUAUUAAUAGACCUGUUACCAUGUUCUAUAUAAAUUAACAGAUGGAUAACAAAAUGACAUUAUGCAUAGUUAGUUGACUUUCAUAAAAAACAAACCUUUGUGUAUCUAGUCUUGCUCAUUCAUAUUUCUUCAGCUCCCUAAUCUUCAACUUGUAAGUGUGCAUAUAUGCCAACAUUUUGUUUGUUUGUUCAUGACAAAAAAUAAACCUACAAGAGAGUGAAUAAUGUUUUUCAAUAUUAAAAUAACUGCAUCUUUUGAUUUUGUUCUUUCACCUUUGUACCUUGGCAUUUGAUGCACUUUCAAAUUUAAAAAAAAAAAAAUACAAUUUUUGUGUUUGUUAAUGCCACCUUUCGUUUGACUUAUUAUUUUGUCCUUAACAUUUAAGAUUUUAAUAAAAUUUAACUAGCACCUGAUUAUUAUAUGAUUUCACUAGCACCUGAUUAUUUUAUUUGAAUGAAACAUCUAGUUGUGUUUAUUCUAUCUUGGCAAUCUCAAAGGAAACUCGGUAUCAAACGGUAACUUGCAUUGAAAAUAAUUGUGCACUGGUUUUUUUAUCAAAUGUGCAAUUACAAAAAAAUUAUGUUGUAAAACAUUUACUCCUAGAAAGGCAUGUUGGUCCAAUUUUGAAAAGGUGGAGAGGUAAAAUUAUAAUCAUCUGAACAAAUUUGUUUUGGAAUCUCCUUUAGCAUACUGAAAAAAUUUACACUUUAAUGCUCUGAUCCUCAUUUUUGUGUGUGUGUAGGGGAUAGGUUGCACAUUAAAUAGAAAGAAGAAUUUAUUCCAAAGGUAAAGAAUUUUAAAAAAAAAAAAAUUAUUUUAACACUAUCUUCUCCUGAAUGGCAUAGACAAGAUGAACAUAACAUGCUUGCACCCAAAGUUUUUCUUCUUAAUCUGUUAGAUGGAUUAAUUUCAGCUUUUAUUAAAGGAUUGCCAUUGGUGCAUCAUCAACAUUUCUGUCCAGUGCACACUGUUAGCAUAUUCUGAAAGUUUUUUAACAUUGUGUUGAAACUAGUUAGAGACAACACAAUGUCUAUUGAUUGAAAAGUUUAUUGUAUGUUCUUAAAGUUUUUUUUUUUAUCUGCUUAUGACACAGUGAACAUCAAAUUCAAGCCUCCCUUUUCAUUUCUUUUAUUUCUAUUUAAGUUUAAAUUAAUAAAAAUGAAAAGUUUACUAUUUGUUCUCGGGGACCUUAAAUUCAAAAUGAGUAAAACUUUCAGUCUCAUUAUAUGACUGUAGAGGUAUUGUUAAAAAAUGGACCCCCCAAAAAUAUUCUCUCUCUCCCCGCAAAAAAAAAUAAAAUAAAAUAAAUAAUUACAUAAAAGAAAUCAGAACAUUGUUUUUUUAAAAUCAAAAGCUUAUUUGCCUUAUAAUUUUCAUUGUACUUUUAUAAGCAUUUAAUUAUAUUAAAAAAUAAAAUAUAAAAGUACUUUUUCUUUCAUUCAUACAUCUCCAAUAAUUUGUUAAUUUUUUUAUCUACCCUUGACUCUUCUGCCUGCUACUAAUCAUUGAAUAUCUUGUGCUAUGAAAAAUGUGUAUUCUUGUAUAUGUAUCAGUUUGCAAUUUCAUCCUUGCACGCAGGCCUGAACGACGCAAUCGAGAGAUCUCUGGCCCCUUGACCUUCAGCCAUGUGGCCCAUGUGGGGCCUGGCCAGCUGAUGGCCCCAUCUCAGAACCCCCCUCCACCUCCGUAAGAAUAUUGUAAUAAUUACUCCCAGUUUUAAGUUUACCUCUGUUCUACCCAAGAAAAUCAAGUUGUGUUUUUUUUGGAUUUAGUAAAAAAAAUGUUUUUAAGCAACUGAAUUCACCUUUAUUUUUAAAGUUAGUGUCUAGUAAAUGACACAUUUUGUCUUACACAUGCAAAUAGUUUUAAAGUGUAAAGAAAACAUUUUAUCAAGUACAAGCUUAAAGAGGGCAAAGUCAAGAGCCUCUGAGAAAUAAACUUCACACUUCCCAUCCAAGUAUUCUAAUUAGGUGAAUCUUAAAAACAUUUCAAUCUCAAGAAACCACACUUAUUGCUUUUCUUUUGAUCUUCAUAGCUUACCACUAUGCUUGCACUGUUGCAUCAUGUAGUCACAUGUAGAUUUUAUUUUGUCUCAUAAGAAAUCUUUAGGCAAUAACUUUUCUUGUGAGAGAGAAUCUGAGGUUCUUGGUAUUUUAGUGCAUAUUUAGUCUUAUUGCAACCCAAACUAACAGGAAUAGUUAAAUAAAUUAAAAUUGUGUGUGGAUCAAGCUAAAUUUAUCUCAAUGCCACACAUUGCAAUUUUAAACAUAAUUAGUGUGUUAACCUGCAUAGUGUGUUGUCAUACUAUGUGAUCUUCUAUUUUUCAUGUUUUUCUCAGUUACUUAGCUGCUAUUUAUUCCAUUCUUUCUGGUUUUAAUAUCAGUAUAAUCAUAAUGAUAUAUGGUGUAUCUUUCUGCCAUCAGCCAUAAAAGACAUGUUUCUAGCUAUAGCCUUAAAAUUAGAGGAUAAGAGGGCAUAAGUGGCAGCUAACAGGCCUUAAUCUCUAGACAAAUAAAAUACAAGCACAAGUUAACAUUACCAAAACUGUAAACAGGGGUUGCUUAAAGGACACAUAAAAAGAUCCAAGUAAUUUAGUUAUACCCCUAGACUACAAACUCUUAAAAUAGCAUUUUUCAUACUACUGUUACCCUUUGUUUGCUAAAUCCGGUCAUAAAAUAAUUUUUACACAUUUUAUUUUUUACACAAUUCAUUGCACAUGUAUAUUAAUAUUAAAGAUCUUUUUGCCAUCUUGUUGAUGACAAUGUCAAAAAUUUGAUGGGGAUGAUGUCUUGAAUCUUCUCUUAAUAUAUAAUUUAAGUGGGCUAAAAACUGUCAUGCAUGUUCUUUUUUUUUUCAAAUAUAUUCUCUUCUCAUCACUCAAAUUCACCCUAAAAGCAACAAGUUGCUGAUCCUCAGCUUCUCUUAUUUUGGAGAGGUCGAUAAUGAGCUAAGACUUGGGUCAAUUUGAUUUAUUUGGAAGGGGAGGAGUGGGUAGGGUUAAACCUUGGUGAUCAAUAAUAUUGUACCAAUCUCUGCUAAAAAAAAAAAAAUGAAUUCUCAAUUUUCCUAAUUAAUUUAUUUUCAAUAAGAAAAUAUUUGUGCAGUGACAUAACAUGACAAAUAUUUGUAAACACAUUAGUGUAAACAUUCUCUCCUACACAUCCAAACACACAGGCAACACACACACACUCCAAAUGAUAGGAAAAUUUACACAAAACGCAGGUUAAUCAUUUUAAUUGAACCUUUUUGUUUUCCUCUUGAACUUAAUAACUAAUACUCUAGUAUUUUAAACAUGUAGAAACUUUUUUCUAGAAUUCCUUUGUGUUUCAGUAAUAUGUAACUGUUAACAUUCAAUAGGAGUGACAGAAGAUCUAGAGUCAUAUCACCACCUUCCAAUUUUAGCCAUGUUGCACAUAUUGGCCCGGACCAGGGUCAUCAAGUGCUUAUAGAUCUACCAAAGGUAAAAGCUACAUGAAACUUUGAUACAUUCUUACACUCAUAAAUAUAAAUUAUUUAUACUUGUCAGCUUUCAUGCACAAAAGAGAAAAAACUAAAUUUUAUUUAGAUCCAGAGUAAAUGCACUUUUAUCCAAAUUAAUCUUUCAUUGCAUUAUUUAAAUAUUUAUUGGCAUUAAAUAUCUUAUUUUCUGAUUCUAUACAAUUAUUAUUAAUUUUCCAGAUUUUUUUGUUAAAUCUAUCACAUAUUCAACAUUUUCUAUUUCAAAAAAGUUAAUGCUAUAUUUGAUAAUUCUGUCUUCUGAGUCAAUAGUGUAAAAAAGGGUUUUAUUUUUUUUUGCUGUAUGAAUAGACAGGAGGUGCUUCAGCCAGUGAAGAGAUGGCAAGGGUCAAAAGUAUGUUCCAGCCUCAGCUCAAGUCAAUUCAUGAAGUACAGGCAAGAUCCCAGCGUCCAACCAGUUCACAUUUUAAUGGUGAGAAGUGCUUUCCUCUAUCUGCCUUAACUAAACGUAACAAUAUUUUACUAUGAACUUCAUAGUUUCUGGUCUUAUUUAAAGACGCUUUGCCAAUAGACUAAGUCUCAAAUAUUACCUACAUAUCAAAUACAAGAAGUCUUGAACAGAUUUCUUCCAUAGUGUGAAAAGUAACUUUUGAGUACAUUUGGUUUAGUUUUUACAGUUUUAUUGGGGUCCUUUUUAUAUGAUUUCAAAAAGAGAAUAAAAUAUCCUGGACAUAGAUUGGACCAUUUGUACAAAGACCAACCCAUAGUCACAAUGAUAUAAAAAAAAAGGCAGACUACGCUGGGCAGGACAUGUUGAAAGGAUGCCGGAGAGUACAGCGGCAAAAGUUAUAUACAGGCAGACGCCAAGGGGCAGAUGGCUCACCGGUCGCCCAAGGCUGAGAUGGAUCGAUAAAGUGGAGAUGGAUUUACACCAGUUGAGGGUUUGCGCAUGGAGGUGGAAAGCCAUGGAUCGCUCCCAAUGGAAGGAUGUGGUGGAGCAGGCCAGGGCCCUUCAUGAUGAUGGACAUAAGUUGAAAAUAAAUAAAUAAAUCUCAGAAAUAUUGACAGAAUUGUUUGAAUGACUUUUUUUUUUUACCAAGUAACUGAGUAAAAUUAUAUUUUGUGUCAAAAGGAAGCGCAGGAAGCAGGAAUGAAAAUAAUUCCAGACCCGGAAGGGGGAGGGGGAGAUCUCUUCCUUUAAACAUGCCUGGCAGAGGGGGAGGAGGAGGGUCUGAUCUAUCACAGUCACCACCCUCGGCAAGUCAAGAGCCAAGCAGCUUAGAAAAAGAAAUCUCUUCACAAAUUUUCGAAGUGAGUACUGAAAGGGCCAUUGUAAGUCAAUAAGUUUUAUUUUGGAUUUGUUAAAGUUAAUUUGAUUCCUUGACAUUAUAUAAAAACGGUGUCUUAUUUAGAGAGCAAAGUCAUAACUCGGCAUAAAUUGUUUUGUUUUAAUUGUGUAGUUUGGACUGUUAAUUAAAAAAUAUUUAGUAUUUAGGAUCUGAAAUUUUAAAUACUAAAACAAAAACCCACUUAUAAACCCUGAACAUUAAUUGAAUUUUGGGACAACAUGUUACUUGAUAAUGAAAAUAAAUACAAGUACUGACUAGAAAUGUUUCAUAUAGUUAAAUUGACAAAUUCAGAAUUUCACAUGAAUUGUUCUUUUAACAAAGACACCAUCAGUUAAAACCUGACAAUUAUUUUUUAAAUUUAUUAGUGAAUGAAAAUUUUGUAAACCAUAUAUAUUUUCCACCUCUUAAACUUCUAAGAAUUGAAACCACUUAACCUCUAAUUUGUAGUCAGGCACCUCAUAACAUUUGUAAACUCACUUCUUUAACCUAGCUGUGUAGUUAAGUCAUCUCCACACUUGUAUACCCUAGACCAAGCAGGAUAUAACUACAUUUUGAUUUCAUUAUGCUAAUACAAAUGUUUGGGUUUGGUCACCUCAGAACUUGCUUCCAUAAUUCAAAAAAAAAAACCAACACCAUGAGAGUAAAUACAAAUCAGGAAAACAAAACUCGAGGAUUUGCCACAUGAGUCUCAAUGUGGGUGGGGACCCUGUUCUAAAAAUAGUAACUUAUGAUAUAUUAAUUUAUUUAUCUAUAAAUCUAAAAAUUAAUUUAAAAAAAAAAGGAUAACACAAAAGGAAUGCCAACAGAAGAUUGUUUUAUGUCAGCUCUGAGUUAAUUCACCUCCCAGUAACAUUAUAUCAGUCUCUAAUUUAAAUGUCAAUGACGUGACAGAAAUUAUUCAUUUUAUGAAUAAUCUAACAAGUUUUCUUAGUUACCAUAUAAUCUGUUAUCUCAAAAGCACAACAUAAUUUAGUAAUUAUUGACAAACAUGUUGACGAUAUGCUGCUGAUUUCUCAGAGAUUCUUUGCUAUUAAUAAAGGAACUAUCUUAAUUAGUGUAUGCACUGUGAUUUCAUUGAAUUUGGUCCAACAAAUUUGACUCCAUUAUAAGGACACAUCUUUUUUGUCACCUGUAUGAAUAAACAGUUCUGAAGAGGUGAUAUUUUAUAGUGUGUUAUUCAAAUACCUCACCAUCUUAUUUGUGUUUUUGACAAAUUGAUCCAUAGCAUAUUCAUGUUGAAAGUAACACUAACCUGCCAGCAUCCUGUCUUUAAAGGGAGCAAGUUUUUUUUAUUGACAUAAAUUAAAAUUGGCAGAAACAGUCUAUUCACAAUUAUCAAGGAGCAAAGGCAUUCCAAGCAUUCCACAUACUAUUACCAAGUUAACUGAGAUUUUAACUUUUUUUUUUCUGUCUACCUGAUUAUGGACUAUAUUUUUAGGCUUGGUCAAAAGCUGACCUUCAAAGUUGCAUUAAUAUUUAAACAUUUUUUUCCCCCACUAAUUCUGGUUUAUUUAGAAAAUACUAUUUAAAUGCUCAAUUUUUGUUUUUCUAUUCCUUUGCUUUCCCCCCCCCCCCCAACCCAAUUGUUCUAUUUGGUCUUUGAAUUGUUUGAAAAUUAUGAGUUGUGACAUUUUAUGUCAAGUCAGUUUUUGGUGGUGUUCACAAUCUUAAGAACCACAUAGUUACAGGUCACUAUUAAUCAGGGGUGUUUUCUUAUCUGAUAGUUUUCAUAGUUGGCUAUUCUUAAUAUAGAUUUAAAGUUGAUGAAAAGAGAUUCCAAUGUGUAAAUCAUUAAUUUGCUUGAUGAUGGGUGAGUGGAAAUAUGUCUUGCCCACAAAAAAAGUUCUAAAGGAUUCUCAUUUCUUCCAUUGCACAGAUUAUGAAUUCCUCAGAGAGUGCUUUCAAUGGGGCUGGUAGCUCAUGGUCUUUACCAGCUUUUGACAAAUCUGAGAGCUAACAACAACCCAAUACUUUUAGGAACUUGGUUUUUAAAAUACCAACAGUAAUACUUUUCCCCCCUAUAUAUAUAUAUAUACAUAUAUCUUUGUUGUUGUAGAUCAUCUCCCUUAAUUGUUUUAAAAAAUGUACUCGUGAAAUAAUGUUUGCAUUCAAACACCACUUGUAUUGAAUAUCUCAUGCUUGUUUAUGAAUGUUGCCUGAUGUGUUGUUUAAGAUGAUGGUUUUGUUGUUAUGACACGCAUCAAAGUUUUAUGCACCAAUGACAGUUUGGUCAAAUUUUCGUUGCUCCACUUGCAUGUUUGUAUGCGCAACAUCAGUUUAACUAGGUAUAAUUUUGGAUUUAGAAGGUCUGCACUGAAAUCUGUCACUUGUUUGGCCAUGUUUUUGUGUUAGCCAACAAAUAGUCAUGUACAUUCCUACACCACAUACUCUGCAGUAACCCAUUCCCUAUUUUCUUCAUCCAAAGACAUUUCUGUGUUUGAAGUCAACCUCAUCUUUUAAAGUUGUUUAGUCCAAUGGUUUGUUAGGUGACUUAUCUUUUCAAUAUUCUGAAUUUUUCCUUCUUUCAGACAGAAAAUUCUAAAUGAUUUUUAAAAUAAAAUUUCUGGCUGCGCAUGUUGGCAAUUUUAUACACUCAGUGAAAGAUAUUGUCCUUCCUGGGGAAAAAUGGAUUUGGAUUAUAGGUGUUUUCAUUUUUUUUUCUUUUAUGUUUUUCCAGUCAACAAUUUGAAUCCGGAGAUAUUUUUAGGGAUGAUCUGCCACCAAGGAUCCCCCCCGUGUUAUUCACAGUAAAUAUUGUCAGCUCUUAACCACACUGCUUUUUUCCCCUUUUGUUUUCUCUGGUCUUUAUCUUCUACUUACUAUGUACAGAUCCAAUGUGGAUUUGAUUUCUCUCUCAUUGUAGUUAAAAACCAUUUCAAAAUGGAAGUGUAGUCCAAUAAUUUUUUUCAAAGCAUUUGCUUUAGAUCAACCUUUGCCAAACUUCAUUACAGUGUUAAACAGGGGUCUCAAACUCGCGGCCGCAAGAUGAUAUUUUGUGGCCCGGUAAAUGACAACAAAGUUUAGUGUUCAUGCGGCCUGCGCGCUUUCCCCAUUCUCAAAUAUCUAUAAUAUCAUCUCCGCGACAGUUUCAGUCGAAUCUAACCAACUAGUCUAAUUCUGAGUUCUAUUAAGUUUGUAUUGAUUUGGACGUUGAUUAUAAUGGUAAAAACCGUUGUAAAAUCAUUUUUAUUUUAUAGCAUUUCAUUUGACAAACAUGACCAAAGUGAUGUUUCGAGAAAAGUUUAAAAGGUCAGUUAGUGGGUAAUGCACAACCAUAAUUGUGUAAAUCGUAGCAAUCUGUCACAGUAUCAAAGAAUCCCUAUUAACAUUGCUGCUAGUCUUUACGAGUGAGGGAAAUUCCACUAGAACCACUUUUCAAAUUUGUGUUGACCCUUUCUCCUUUAAUGUGGAAGAUGCCCCCACUCCCUUUUUGCGCUUCAAAUGGAGCUUAUUGAUCUUCAGUGCAAUUCUAAGUUCAGGGAGGUGAAUGGAAAAACAGACUAGCAUGGACAGUUUAUGAGAGCAUUGUCUUCCACCAUCCCUGAGAUUUCCAGGUUUUUCAAGCGGAUCAUGUGCCUUUUUUGGGAGUACCUAUCUGUGUGAACAGCUCUUUUCUACUAUGAACUUUAGCAAGUCAAACUUCAGAGCCAAACUUAUUGACGAGCAUCUUCAAGCUAUACUGAGGGUCUCAGUUGCUUUCUCACUCAAGUGAAACGUUGCUAAGCUGUGUAAGAAGAAGCACUGCCAGGUCACUGGCAACAAGGAGUAGGAUGAAGAAAGUGAAUCCUAGUUCUUGAGAACCCUUGUUUUUAUUUGUAAUUGAUUUGUAAUUGCUUCUUUUGUGGAAUACUCGAUGCGGCCCAGUUUCACACAGACUCUACCUCCUGUGGUCCCCAGAUGAUUUGAGUUUGAGACCCCUGGUGUAAAAGCAUUAUAUUUGCUGCACUUAGGAUAAGUUUAUGACAGGCUUUACAGUUAGCUUUCUAUUAACUCGUAGCAUUUUAAAAAAAAUACUAGUCAUCCUAUUGGUUUAUAAAUAUUGAAAUAUGCAAAGGAAGUUGUUAUCUCAGUUACUGAUAUACAUCAGUGUGGCUAGCACUAGUAUAGGAUAAAUUAAUGACAUUUUUAACACAAUGUAAUUAAUACCAAAGACAUUCUUAGAGAUUAAAGAUUCUAUUGUGUUUGUGUUACAAAACUAACUGGCAUCCGUUCAAUUUCUAUAAUAUUUGACCUUUUGAGAUAAAACAGUAUGUUGUAACUAAAACACUCUACAUUCGUUAACCCUCUUUGUUUUCGGUGUAAUUUUUUUCUGAUUUGUAAACACGGUCCAUUGUGGAAUAAAAGAACACGUUUCCUAUUUUGGCUGUGUGCGCAGUACGUCAUGUACCAGUAACAUGCAAGUUAUUGGAGCAUUUCUGUUAAGUUUUACAGCAUUUUUCAGGUUUUAUUAGAAAGAUUGGGUGGCAGUCUGUUGGGAUGGUUGAUUUUAUAAUAAGUUUUAAUAAUUUUCCAUUAAAUUAAUGUUGCUCUAAAAAUGUGUAAAUUUCACUUACUAGCUUCCUGCUAUAAAGAUAAUCCCCAUGACAUUGUUUAAUAAAAUACUUAAUAAAAAAGUGCUUAGUGCAGGGGUGGGCAAACAAUGGCUUGUGAGCCAAUUAUGGUAUGGUUCGCACCUCCAUUUUGAAUGGCUCUCCCUCCCUUAAAUAAAAAUAAUUUUUAAAAAUGGAAAAGAAAAAUAACUUGUAAUUUAAAUUUUCGCUUGCAGAUUUCAGGACUAAAUGGUGGGGGUUGCUUGGCUUUUCUAUUUUGUUCUAUUAUGAUGAUUUAUUAAUGAAAUCAAUAGCAAUUCCACAUGAUGUUUGAUAUUAAUUUUUAAAAUAACAAAGUCCAUAUGAUUUGUCUUAACACCUCCCCCCACCCCCCACCACACCCCCCUUGCAGGAUCCCAUGUGUCUGUUACCUCAUGCAUGAAUCUGGCUUGCAGCUGAAAAGGUUUGCCCACCCCGGCUUAGUGCAUUAACCAGCUUCUCUAAAAAUAUUUGAUAUUUUAUUGUACUCAGAAUACAGUUAAAACAUUGUACUCAAAUACAGUUAAAACAUUAUAAGUCAUGAUACCAAAAUUUGACCUGAAAGAUGUCAAGAUAUGAAAGCAAGUUACUUGAGAACAUUUAAGUCUAUUAAUCAAUAUUUCAAUUUGAAAUAAUGAUCUAAAGAUUCUAUAAACCGAGUCAUCAUUGUACCCAGGAUAUCAUGUCAUACAUCUUGACAGAAUCUCACUCAGAACUGCAUGCAAUCAUAAUUUAUUAUUUUCACUAACCGACAAUUUUAUGAAAAAAUAAAGGCAUUUUUAGAGUAACAUUUCUCAACCUAUUUUACGCAGCAAUAGAAGAAUGCCAUUGAGGAAUUGAUGCUUGUCAAGAUUUUUGUGAAGUGGACUCUUCAUUUUUCUCAAAUGUUUGUUUUCAGCUGUUCUAAUUGUUUGCUUUGAUUUCUGUUUUCUCCAUCUGUUAUAACCCUACCGCUUGAGUCAUUCACUAACACAUUCCACGUUUUGUGCUUAAUCAUGUUAGUGUUGUGUGUAUUAUUAGUUUUUUUUUUGUUUCUGUACAGUUUAGCCCUGAAGGUGGUCAGUUGUGCUUUAUGAGUUGGAAAAAAAAUCGCUAUUUUUCUUAACAGUUUGAAGAGAAAAAUAAAAAAAGAAAAAACACAACAAAAAAAAAAAAAUAACAAUUUGAGAUUGAUAAAAAUUGAACAGAUUUUAAGGAACUAAAAUGAUCUACUAUUCUUAUUUAACAAAGCACUCCUGUCAUUCCUAAAAAACAAACACUUCUCAUGACCUAAGGCCUUUUUGUUUAAUUAAAGCCAUGUCUGAAAUUAUUCACUUUGGAACUGUUUUUUUAAUGCAUAUAGAUUUAGAACACUGAAGCAUGUCAAGUUACGCUCAACAUGUUUGUUGUAUUUAUACCCACGGGGAAGAUGUCUUCCACCUCUAGCAAUAACUGCAUAACAAACUAUAAUGCACCACAUUGCAAAGUUAUAACAUUGAACAUAUUUUUAAAAAUGGUCAUUGUGAAACAUCCGGAAUGACUGAACUCUUAAAAUGGACUAUUCUUAUGAUACACAUUUCUACAGAAACGUUCUUAUUAUUUAAUGAAAAUUUAUGUAUGCACUUGGACAAAAAGUAAACUUUAAAAAAAUAUUAACAGCUCUUGAAAUACAAAAAGAGAUAGUUACUAAAAUCCAAAAAUCUUUUAAAAUCAUUUUACUGGAGAAUGUAAAACAAAUUAAUUGAGAAAAAAAAUUAAAAAUGUAUUUUUUAUAUUGAAAUCGGAAUAAUUACAACCAGGGAACUAUUCCUUUUAUUUUUCAGGAUAGUGCAGAGUCCUCCAGCCAUUGGAGAAAUUCUCUGAUGUCAAAUACAAGCAGUAGUAUGUCUCCACCUGGCUCAAACCGACACAGCCUAGUGUAUGAGGACCCAACAUCCCCAGCCAACACGACAGAUACCUCUGACACAUCAGACCAUAACACUCAACUCUGACAACUUGAAGGGGGGGGGAAAAAAAGUAUAGCAAAAAAAAAACAAAACCGCUUUGUUGUCAAGUUUUCAUUCUAUUAUUAACUCUUCAUUUCAUAUUAUGUAAUAUAUUUAAAAAAAUGACCUGUGUAAUUUAUUAGCUGAGCCUUGAUGAAAAUCUAAAGAAAGAAUGCUUAUUAUGUUGUUUUUAUAUAAUUUAUUGAAUUUUUUUAACAAAUAUUUUUUUCCUUUAUUAAAUGUUUUUAACAAAUACAAAACCACCCCUGGUUAAAAGAAAUUAAACUGGGCUCAGAUUUCACUGUGAUACUAAAUCAACGCUUAUUUGACUCUGUUCAAUUGGUCAUCUGUAAUAAAUAUGCCAGAACUGAUUUUGAACCAUGGAAUAUUAGUUUAAGAGUUUAGAAGGAAAGGCCCAGCUGCUCACCUUGCCCAGUGGUAUACAUAUGUGAUAUCAUAACCAAAUCUAUGAAAAGGCAAAGAAUGACGACCGGACAGGCUGAUCUAUUUUAAUUACAGCUUCAAAAACAAAAAAGUACUUGACAUAUGAUUCAAGUAUGAUGUUAUUAAUGAGCUCCUCUCUUUGAGACUCCAGUUCUGAAGGAUAUCAUUAAAAAGAGAAAGAGAGAAACUCCAACAAGUUCAUUCUCUUGAUAAAAAAACUUCUUCCCAUAAAUGAUAUAAUUUUUGUACUAUGACACUUCUUUAUUAAAAAUUUAUCAUUUGAACAAAAGCCAUGAAAUCUCAUGUCAUCAGGCAUUGUUUGUUGUACAUUCACACAUGUUCAGUAGCAUUCCUUCUGGAGGACCCUGAUACUAAUUUUUAUAAUAGUUUGUACUGACAGACUUUGUGUUACUUUGAACAUUUGCAUAAGUACCAUUUGACAAAUAUGAGUAAUAUUAUUGACCCAUUGGAGUUGAUACAGUGAGGGCAAUGGGUGAUAAGCUAAAUUAAAAUGUAGUUUUUGGUGCGUUUUGUGAAGCAUCUUUUUUUUUUCUCUCCACCCAUUUCAUUGCAGACGUCCUCAGAUGAUUGUAAAUUUUUUUUUUUUUAUGACAAUAGUCUGCUGUUUAAAAACUAUAAUUAUUGUCAGCAUCAGAAGUUGAAUUUGUUGCCCAUCAGUGGGUGUGUGUUGUGAUGAAACAAAAAAAAAUGAACAACAUAACAGCUCUGGGCAUGGGAUCAUUUCAAAGAUGCUGCUUCCAUACUAGAAAUUCAUGGAGGUCUGAAAUAGCAUCAAGAUAAGACCUUAUUUCAGUAGGUUUGUAAAAUCUUGACAUUGAACUUUCAUGAAUUAGGUAGGGUUAAAAAAUUUUGAGAAUGCAUUCUUUAACAUAGUACGGUCUUCAUCAUAGUACCUUUGAUGGUAUGUGAUGAGGUGAUUUUAGGUGUGGCCCUGUAACAUGCAGAGAUUUGAAUAUGAGAACACUUGUUGAUUAAUACUGAGUGUGUUCACUGACAAAAAAUUAUUGUUACGUGGUUCAUGAUUCCAUCUUCCUGGUCUAUCAUUUUUUUGAUGGUUCACUACUAAUGCAUAGUUCUGUGAAUUUGUUUAGGGUCCCUAACCAAAGCUAAGCAGUGUUUUUCAGACUUUCUCUCUUUUUCUAUAUAUUAGCACUAUUGACUACAUUUGUGCUGUUCAAAGAUUAAAACUUGUAUCUAUGUAUAAACCACAAGCUAGCAACAACUAUUUAGUAUGUGAAGGACUAAAUACCAUGGGGGAAAAGGAAGCUACAUUACAAGAUUCAUGCCUUCCUUUCAAUUGAUGUUCUUCAUGUAAUAUUUAUAUACUUGACACAGAGGAAAGAAAAUGUGUUGUUGAUGUAGUUAUUUGAUUGUAAUCCUUGCGAGAAAUAGAGAUGUGAGAAUGAAUGGUGGAGUAUGUCAAUAUUUCACUUGAGACUAUUUAUUAACUAUAAGUCCUCUUGUAUAUUAAAAUAUUUACUCUUAGUUAUCCUGAGCUGAAAUAAGUUGUUUGUAGGGGGCAUGAAUUAAUGAUUUUAAUUUUAGCAUAACAAUAUCAACUAAUAAUUGAUAUUAGGAUAGAAACUGGAAAUACACUACCAUUUGAUGGAGAAAAGUCUAUUAUCAAAGCUAAUGAAAAUGGUUAAUUUGAGCUAGAAAAACCCCCACAUACAUUUUUCAGUUUGAUCAACAAAAAUGUGCAAGAAUACAAACUAUGUAAUGAAAGUUUUGUGUUGAGCCCCUCUCUUAUCCUCAUAAUUGGCAUUGCUUUGUUUUCUCCUGUGCUGUGACAUUCAUUACAUCGGUGAACUUGGUCAGAACUACUGGUAUAAAAGUCUUAUUUUUAAAAAAAAUGUCUGUUGAUAUCUUAAAGUAUGCUUUCAUCUUGUUCAACCAAGAGCUUCCGAUAUCAUGGGCUGACAGCAGAGAGAACUUUGUAGAAACUCUUGCAUCAAAGUUUUUAAUAACUUGAUGGCAAUUGAUUAUUUAUUGAAAAGUGGACCGAGGCCUUGUAUUUUGAAAUAAUAGGGACAGCUGACCAUAUGAAUUAAUACUAGCAUGUGAAAUGAUCCAGGGACAUGUAUGGACUCGAACGAUCUGUUUGUCUAGCCCUUGACACCAGCAGUGCUUUCAACCUUGCAAAAAAACUGUCUUUGUUCUGUCAACCGAACUUACUUGUAUGGACAGAGUGUGUGCCAGGUUUUGUGUGUGCUACAAACAUGUGCCUAUAUCUUCUUCUUAUCACCAGGUCAGGCUGCAUAUCAAUGGCCAGGCUCACUACUAUUCUCAUGUAUUUAGAAGUUGAAUUAAAGUAUUUAAAAAAUUUGAUGCAAAUAAAAUUAGUAAAAAUUAUUCUAGGAAAUGUAUUUAGUAAAGAUUUGACUUGUACCCAGUGUUAUCAAUUUCAAUGCAUUUUGUGAGCUCCAUUUAAAUAGUUUAAUGUUUAUAAUGAGUUAAGGAUCAAAAUGUGUUGAAUUUAGUUGUCAGCAAUACAAAUAUGACAUUUCUAUUUUAGAUAGCAUAUAAAUUAUGUUUUGUGGUUAUUGACUUAUUUAUGAGCUGUUGGUGCCAUGACAGUGACUGUAGAAGUGGCAGUAGACUAAUAUUUGAGAGUUGUAUGUAGUUGUUGAAUUAGAAUGCAGUAUAGGUACAGAAUAAUUUUUUAAGUUUCUAUAAAAUAUCAGCUUUAUGUCAACAUUUGUCUCCCUUGUUUUCAUGACCAGUUUUGAUUCAGCAGAGUUAUGGUUCAUGGAAUAAGGCUUCACAUUGUUUUUCAGAGAACAAAUGAAAUAGUAAAAAAAAUAUUUAAAAAAAUUGUCUUUUGAUGAAAGGAUAUUUCUAGAAAUACUCAACAGUUUAUUCGCUAGAAAAGCUCUUGGGUUGUUUUUUUACUUGGCUACAUUGGUGUUCAAUUGUUUAUGUUUCAUAGGUAUGUUAUCUAUUACUGUUCAUAACAUCUUUGAGAAUAUGUUAAAUGAAACUUUUAGUGAGCUAGUCAACGAAAUUGUCCUGGCCCAGGUUUCAUUAUUUUAGCUUUUGACCUUGUAUUUGGUCUUCCAAUAACAUUCUAAUGCUUACUGUAAUAACUUAAGCAAAGGAAUGUUUUAUUUUUUUUACACACUAAAAUCUGGUUAAUUAAUAAACGUUUGUUCUGAGAGUAUGGGUGAGAAACACUUCAACAAAUGUCCAUAGGUCCAAUUCGUUAGGUGUUAGAGCCACUUUUUUCCUCAACCGGAUGACUUUUCAUUAUUGACAUUUGUGUACAUAAUUGAAAUGAAUCGGGCUGUUUUUAUGAUUAGUCAGUAUGAAGGUAUGCCCCCCCCUCCCCUUCCCAAAGCUUUUAUUUUUACUUUACCAUUUUAUUUUUUUACUUUGGCUGUGCACAUUUUUUUAAAAAUGUCUGAUUUUUUUAAAUGUACAUAAAACAGAUAUUGGAUUGACUGGUUUGUUAAUUGGUGUACAAGUAGAAGUGGAAACUGUCUUGAUUUCUCUUGGCCAGAGAUUGAGCAGUGCUACAGAAGUAAUGGUGGUGGUAUUUUGGG